AUGGCGGCCACCAGGUCGAUGGCGAACCACCCCUUAAGGUAAUGCACGGCGAUCUUCCCCGGCUGGGUCACCACCUCGUCGUUAGGGUUGACGAAAGUUGUGCGAAAGUUGAUCCCGAUAUCCACGAUGAACAGCACAUCCACCAUGAGGUCCACCACGUUUAGAGGAUUGCAGGUAUAGCCGCAACGCCGCCGCAGCGAGUCCCCGUGCUCAUCCAAUAGGAAGGCUGCCGAGUAGGGGGUGAAGAGGGCUGUGUAGAGGACCAGGAGGAGGAUGACCCAGUCCCAUGCCGCUUUGACAGGGCUGUAGUGCAGCAUGGUCCAUGAGUGGGUGACCGGGGCCUUGAUUUUGUACUCCGGCAGGACGUCAGCACCCAGAGACAGAACCUAACAGAGAUCCGAAUUACAUUGGAGUGAUUCAUCCGCAUAGAGUGGGGCCCGAGGCAUUCAGCAAGUGCUCGCACACCAAUUACUAAUCAAUACUUAUUAAUUUGUUAAUUCGAUUUGAAGGCAAGUAGUGCAACCUGCUGUAGCCUAUUGAUUGUGUAUAUGUCCAUGUAUUGCUUUUCUCAGUAAACGGAUACGGUGCCUUCAGAAAGUAUUCACUGACCUUUUCCACAUUUUGUUGUGUUACAUCCUGAAUUUAAAAUGGAUUACAUUUAUAUUUUUUUGUCACUGGCCUACACACAAUAAUCCAUAAUGUCAAAGUGGAAUUAUGUUUUUAGACAUUUUUACAAAUUAAAAGCUGAAAUGUCUUGAGUCAAUAAGUAUUCAAACCCUUUGUUAUGGCAAGCCUAAAUAAGUUCAGGAGUAAAACGUUGCUUAACAAGUCACAUAAUAAGUUGCAUGGACUCACUCUGUGUGCAAUAAUAGUGAAUGACUACCUCAUCUCUGUACCCCAUAUAUCAGGUCCCUCGGUCGAGCAGUGAAUUUCAAACACAUUCAACCACAAAGACCAGGGAGGUUUUCCAAUAUCUUGCAAAGAAGGGCACCUAUUGGUAGAUGGGUUACAAAAAAAGCAGACAUUGAAUAUCCGUUUGAGCAUGGUGAAGUUAUUAAUUACACUUUGUCUGGUGUAUCAAUACACCCAGUCACUACAAAGAUGCAGUCGUCCUUCCUAACUCAGUUGCCGAAGAGGAAGAAAACCGCUCAGGGAUUUCACACUGAGGCCAAUUGUGAAUUUAAAUCAGUUACAGAGUUUAAUGGCUGUGAUAUGAGAAAACUGAGGAUGGAUCAACAACAUUGUAGUUACUCCACAACACUAACCUAAUUGGCAGAAUGAAAAGCAGGAAGCCUGUACAGAAUACAAAUAUUCCUGUUUGCAACAAGGCACUAAAGUAAUACUAAAAAAAAUAAUUGCUAAACAAUUAACUUUUUGUCCUGAAUAAAAAGUGUUUUGUUUGGGGAAAAUCCAAUACAACACAUUACUGAGGAUCACUCCAUAUUUUCCAGCAUAGUUAUGGAUAUGCUUGUAAUCGUUAAGGAUUGGGGAGUUUUCAGGUUAAAAAAGAAACAGAAUGGCGCUAAACACAGAAAAAACCUAGACGACAACUUGGUUCAGUCUGCUUUCCAUCAGCAGGACAAUAACCUGUGAAUAAGGACAGUGAAUGUUCCUGAGUGUCCGGGUUACAGUUCUGACUUAAAUAUUCUUACAAAUCUAGGGCAAGACCUGAAAAUGUUUGUCUAGCAAUGAUCAACCAAUUUGACUGAGCUUGAAUAAUGUUUUUAAUAAAUGUUGCACAGUCCAGGUGUGGAAAGCUCUUAGAGACUUACCCAGAAAGACACACAGCUGUAAGUCAAGGGGUAUAAAUACUUUCUAAAGGGACUGUACAUAACAUGUUACAUACAGGGUGAGAUUGAAAUAGGCUCGUUUAUACUCCCAUUGAUGUACAUUUCUGUCUAUUGUAUUCACUUUAAAAAAUAUAUAUAUUUAGGUUUUGUAAAUAUCCUCUGUCAUCGUUUCCCCAUUUAAUCCUAUUGUGUUUUUGGUUAGCCGUGGCUAAAGUUAGUUGAAGUUGGCUAUUUAAACCAACAGUGGAUUACAGUUUAUCCUAGCCCAUAGAUUUUCAGGGCCAAAAUAAAUGUCAAUAUAAAAAUGACUGAAUUUGUCCUUUAAAGGUCCGAUGCAGCUGUUUUUAUCUAAUUAUCAAAUGAUUUCUGGGUAACAAUUAAGUACCUUAUUGUGAUUGUUUUCAAUUAAAAUGGUCAAAAAGAAACAAAAAUAGCUUCUUAGCAAAGAGCAAAUUCACAAGCAAGAAUUUUGCUAGGACUGUCGGAGUGGUCUGAGUGGGGAGGGGAAAACUGAAAACUAGUUUUUAUUGGCAGAGAGUUUUGGAACUCUUUCUUAUUGGUCUAUUAACUAAUUUACCACAUUUUACCGCCUUAACAAAGCCAUCCAGACCAGCUCUUAUGGACAAAGUAAUCAACUAUUCUCUGUAUCACAAUCCCAGCAUAGCAAUAGUGUCGCUAAUGAACUCCAGAUCACAUAGAAAAGUAUUUUCGCCCAUUCACAUUUAUAGUUGGAGAGGAAUGAGGGAUCUUGCUGUCUGGUAACCUUGUCUCUGAUUAUAAACAUAAUCUGAUGUGAGAUAGGGGGAACACCUGUGUUUACAAACUGACUUCUCCUCAAAUACUCUCCCAUCUGGUGGAAGUCUGAACUGGCUGAUUUGCAUAAACUGUUGUUCAAAGCAGCAUGUGGUCCUGCCUCUCAUGAGUGCCCCACCCCCACAAACAAACAUAAUACUGACUAGUAAUGCUCGGGUUGACUCAUAACCCGCUGUCCCCACGGUUAUACAGUGAGGGAAAAAAGUAUUUGAUCCCCUGCUGAUUUUGUAUGUUUGCCCACCGACAAAGAAAUUAUCAGUCUAUAAUUUUAAUGGUAGGUUUAUUUGAACAGUGAGAAACAGAAUAACAACAAAAAAAUACAGAAAAACGCAUGUAAAAAAUGUUAUACAUUUAUUUGCAUUUUAAUGAGGGAAAUAAGUAUUUGACCCCAUCUCAAUCAGAAAGAUUUCUGGCUCCCAGGUGUCUUUUAUACAGAUAACGAGCUGAGAUUAGGAGCACACUCUUAAAGGGAGUGCUCCUAAUCUCAGUUUGUUACCUGUAUAAAAGACACCUGUCCACAGAAGCAAUCAAUCAAUCAGAUUCCAAACUCUCCACCAUGGCCAAGACCAAAGAGCUCUCCAAGGAUGUCAGGGACAUGAUUGUAGACCUACACAAGGCUUGAAUGGGCUACAAGACCAUCGCCAAGCAGCUUGGUGAGAAGGUGACAACAGUUGGUGCGAUUAUUCGCAAAUGGAAGAAACACAAAAUAACUGUCAAUCUCCCUUGGCCUGGGGCUCCAUGCAAGAUCUCACCUCGUGGAGUUGCAAUGAUCAUGAGAACGGUGGGGAAUCUGCCCAGAACUACACGGGAGGAUCUUGUCAAUGAUCUCAAGGCAGCUGGGACCAUAGUCACCAAGAAAACAAUUGGAAACACACUACGCCGUGAAGGACUGAAAUCCUGCAGCGCCCACAAGGUCCCCCUGCUCAAGAAAGCACAUAUACAGGCCCGUCUGAAGUUUGCCAAUGAACAUCUGAAUGAUUCAGAGGAGAGCUGGGUGAAAGUGUUGUGGUCAGAUGAGACCAAAAUCGAGCUCUUUGGCAUUAACUCAACUCGCUGUGUUUGGAGGAGGAGGAAUGCUGCCUAUGACCUCAAGAACACCAUCCCCACCAUCAAACGUGUAGGUGGAAACAUUAUGCUUUGGGGGUGUUUUUCUGCUAAGGGGACAGGACAACUUCACCGCAUCAAAGGGACGAUGGACGGGGCCAUGUACCGUCAAAUCUUGGGUGAGAACCUCCUUCCCUCAGCCAGGACAUUGAAAAUGGUUUGUGGAUGGGUAUUCCAACAUGACAAUGACCCAAAACACAUGGCCAAGGCAACAAAGGAGUGGCUCAAGAAGAAGCACAUUAAGGUCCUGGAGUGGCCAAGCCAGUCUCCAGACCUUAAUCCCAUAGAAAAUCUGUGGAGGGAGCUGAAGGUUCGAGUUGCCAAACGUCAGCCUCGAAACGUUAAUGACUUGGAGAAGAUCUGCAAAGAGGAGUGGGACAAAAUCCCUCCUGAGAUGUGUGCAAACCUGGUGGCCAACUACAAGAAACGUCUGACCUCUGUGAUUGCCAACAAGGGUUUUGCCACCAAGUACUAAGUCAUGUUUUGCAGAGGGGUCAAAUACUUAUUUCCCUCAUUAAAAUGCAAAUCAAUUUAUAACAUUUUUGACAUGCGUUUUUCUGGAUUUUUUUGUUGUUAUUAUGUCUAUCACUGUUCAAAUAAACCUACCAUUAAAAUUAUACACUGAUCAUGUCUUUGUCAGUGGGCAAACGUACAAAAUCAGCAGGGGAUCAAAUACUUUUUUCCCCUCACUGUAACUGCGGGCCCAGCCUGGUCUCAGACUAGACGUAACAUAGUAAAUGUAAAUCCGGCACUUAAAUUAGUAUGAUAUGUUACGUUUGGUAUGGUUACAUAAGACAGAUGGUUACUUUAGGCAAACAUUAACAUAGGGUUGUUGGUUGGGGUGGAUAUAUAACGCGAACAUCUAGAAACCCAUUGAAUUAAGAGAAAACAAUAUAUUGUUGUGCAAUUUAUAACUAUCAUUUAGGUUUUAUUUUCAUAAUUUUUAGGCUAUCUGGCAUUAGUGCGUAAUCUUUAGGGCCUAACUUUACAUGUGCCAAAUAGCCUACAUGCCAAUCGCCAAACGCUUUUUGAAACCGGCAGAAAAAGUUAACCUUGAUCCACUGUGGCCAAAAGGACAAUGUUGGAGUUUAAUUCAGUAAGAGAAAAGCUGCGAAAAGGAGUGUUGAAAAUAAAGAGAAGGGAGGGCCAGAAAAGUAAUGUUUGGGAAAGAUUUGGCAUAAUGGAAACCGAGGAUGAUAGCAAUGCCUAUGUUACAGUAUGUGUGAUGAUUGUGAGGCGCUUUGCAAAUUCGACAGUCACAAGAUGGGGACUUCAAAUAGGCCUAUGGCACGUCACGGGAACUUUAGCCUACUGUUCAAAUGGGUUAAAUGGAAACUGAAAUCUGGACACUGACUGUAUGUCUAUAACCUCUCACAUAUCCUUAAUAUUAACUCCUGCAGAAUUAAGCAUCAAAUGUACAUUUUGACUCGGGAACAGGAGUAGAGAAAUAUUUAUUUCAUUCAGCAUAUUGAGAGAAUACGAAUGUGCAGUUAGAUACGUCUGUAGAGGUGCUAUCUUUAUCAGCAUCAUGAAAGCUGAUAGUAUUUUAACCACAUAAAAUAUGCAUCCAAGCCCAAAUGAAAUCUUUUCAGAAACAUGUUGAGUCGUUUUCACGGCUUACUAUUUCAAUUUCUUUUGUUGAGUUAUUUAUUGCAUUUUCUCCCUGGUCCCUACGUGUCUUUGCUCCGUGAAAGAAGCAGAGAUGACAGAAAAAAACAUUACCGAUGUCAACUAAAUUGAAGCAUUCCUUCUAUCAUUUAUGACAUUAUUCUGGUAAGCAAGGGUUUAUUAGUCAUAUAGGGCAACAUAAGACAGAAGAGAAGCUACAAGUAGUUGACUAACGAAUAGCCUACCACAAUGUCGGAAAUUAUACUGAACAAAAAUAUUUACGCAACAUGUAAAGUGUUGGUCAUAUGUGCUGAAAUAAAAGGUCACAGAAAUGCACAAAAAGCUUAUUUCUCUAAGAAGUUGGGCACAAAUUUGUUUACAUCCCUUUGCCAAGAUAAUCCAUCCCCCUGACAGGUGUGGCAUAUCAAGAAGCUGAUUAAACAGCAUGAUCAUUACACAGGUGCACCUUGUGCUGGGGACAAUAAAAGGCCACUCUAAAAUGUGCAGUUUUGUCAAACACAAUGCCACAGAUGUCUCAAGUUUUGGAGCGUGCAAUUGGCAUGCUGACUGCAGGAAUGUCCACCAGAGCUGUUGCCAGAGAAUUGAAUGUCGUUUUAGAGAAUUUGGCAGUACGUCCAACCGGCCUCACAUCUGCAGACCAUGUGUAACCACGCCAGCCCAGGACCUCCACAUCCGGCAUCUUCACCUGCAGGAUCACCUGAGACCAGCCACCCGGACAGCUGAUGAAACUGAGGAGUACUUCUGUCUGUAAUAAAGCCCUUUUGUGGGGAAAAACUCACUCUGAUUGGCUGGGCCUUGCUCCCCAGUGGGUGGGCAAGUCUAUGCCCUCCCAGGCCCACCCAUGGCUGCAUCCCUGCCCAGUCAUGUGAAAUCAAUAGAUUAGGGCCUAUUGAAUUUAUUUCAAUUGACUGAUUUCGUUAUAUGAACUGUAACUCAGUGAAAUCGUUGCAUGUUGCGUUUAUAUUUUUGUUCAAUAUAUAUAUAUAUAUAUAUAUAUAUACACUGCUCAAAAAAAUAAAGGGAACACUUAAACAACACAAUGUAACUCCAAGUCAAUCACACCUCUGUGAAAUCAAACUGUCCACUUAGGAAGCAACACUGAUUGACAAUACAUUGCACAUGCUGUUGUGCAAAUGGAAUAGACAACAGGUGGAAAUUAUAGGCAAGACACCCCCAAUAAAGGACUGGUUUUGCAGGUGGUGACAACAGACCACUUCUCAGUUCCUAUGCUUCCUGGCUGAUGUUUUGGUCACUUUUGAAUGCUGCCGGUGCUUUCAAUCUAGUGGUAGCAUGAGACGGAGUCUACAACCCACACAAGUGGCUCAGGUAGUGCAGCUCAUCCAGGAUGGCACAUCAAUGCGAGCUGUGGCAAGAAGGUUUGCUGUGUCUGUCAACGUAGUGUCCAGAGCAUGGAGGCGCUACCAGGAGACAGGCCAGUACAUCAGGAGACGUGGAGGAGGCCGUAGGAGGGCAAAAACCCAGCAGCAGGACUGCUACCUCCGCCUUUGUGCAAGGAGGAGCAGGAGGAGCACUGCCAGAGCCCUGCAAAAUGACCUCCAGCAGGCCAUAAAUGUGCAUGUGUCUGCUCAAACGGUCAGAAACAGACUCCAUGAGCGUGGUAUGAGGGCCCGAUGUCCACAGGUGAGGGUUGUGCUUACAGCCCAACACCGUGCAGGACGUUUGGCAUUUGCCAGAGAAUACCAAGAUUGGCAAAUUCGCCACUGGCACCCUGUGCUCUUCACAGAUGAAAGCAGGUUCACACUGAGCACAUGUGACAGACGUGACAGAGUCUGGAGACGCCGUGGAGAACGUUCUGCUGUCUGCAACAUCCUCCAGCAUGACCGGUUUGGCGGUUGGUCAGUCAUGGUGUGGGGUGGCAUUUCUUUGGGGGGCCGCACAGCCCUCCAUGUGCUUGCCAGAGGUAGCCUGACUGCCAUUAAGUACCGAGAUGAGAUCCUCAGACCCCUUGUGAGACCAUAUGCUGGUGCGGUUGGCACUGGGUUCCUCCUCCUAAUGCAAGACAAUGCUAGACCUCAUGUGGCUGGAGUGUGUCAGCAGUUCCUGCAAGAGGAAGGCAUUGAUGCUAUGGACUGGCCCGCCCGUUCCCCAGACCUGAAUCCAAUUGAGCACAUCUGGGACAUCAUGUCUCGCUCCAUCCACCAACGCCACGUUGCACCACAGACUGUCCAGGAGUUGGCGGAUGCUUUAGUCCAGGUCUGGGAGGAGAUCCCUCAGGAGACCAUCUGCCACCUCAUCAGGAGCAUGCCCAGGCGUUGUAGGGAGGUCAUACAGGCACGUGGAGGCCACACACACUACUGAGCCUCAUUUUGACUUGUUUUAAGGACAUUACAUCAAAGUUGGAUCAGCCUGUAGUGUGGUUUUCCACUUUAAUUUUGAGGGUGACUCCAAAUCCAGACCUCCAUGGGUUGAUAAAUUUGAUUUCCAUUGAUAAUUUUUGUGUGAUUUUGUUGUCAGCACAUUCAACUAUGUAAAGAAAAAGUAUUUAAUAAGAUUAUUUCAUUCAUUCAGAUCUAGGAUGUGUUAUUUUAGUGUUCCCUUUAUUUUUUUGAGCAGUGUAUAUAUAUAUAUAUGUGGUCCUCUGUAGCUCAGCUGGUAGAGCACGGCGCUUGUAACGCCAAGGUCGUGGGUUCGAUCCCCGGGACCACCCAUACACAAAAAUUUAUGCACGCAUGACUGUAAGUCACUUUGGAUAAAAGCGUCUGCUAAAUGGCAUAUUAUAUUAUUAUUAUUAUAUAUGGCUCAUGGAGACUUUAUGAAUGCUCUAUAAAGCCUUUAAGUUGAUGUCCAUUUCAAUUGGAUUCAAUUAAAUGAGCUAAUCACCCUUUGACACAAAGGUCAACAGUCAUGGCCAUGGGUCCCAUACAUACAUUAUGGACUGCACAGUACAAAACAACACCCUGUUGUCCUUCACUGAUAUCAAACACACAUUAUACCAUGGCACUGAUCCAGGAUACUGUCCCUGGGGCUCCAGCAGGCAUAGAUUGGACAGUGGCAGCCAGCCAUUCUCCACACACAGGAGAUAUAACAUCUAUUCAACCCAAGUAGUGAUUUUUCCACUAGCGUGUCAACCACAUUGCCUCCCACGUGCCCUAAUACUGAUACCAGGCAUCAAUGAUUUCCCUGUAGGGUGCCAAGUCAGUAUGACUCACGGGUUAGAGGACAAAUCUCAAUACACUAACAAAGCACCACGUUGAACAAGUAAAUUCAGUGAGCAAUCGGAGACAGCUCUGUUAUCCAUGUAAGUGGUGUAAAUUUGAUUUGGAAUGUGUUAGUGGGGAGGGGGAGACCUUCCCCUAGAAUGUAGUGGUCCUCUGUAGCUCAGCUGGUAGAGCAUGGCGCUUGUAACGCCAGGGUAGUGGGUUCGAUCCCCGGGACCACCCAUACACAAAAAUGUAUGCACGCAUGACUGUAAGUCGCUUUGGAUAAAAGCGUCUGCUAAAUGGCAUAUUAAUGUGUUUGUCAUUUUAUGCUAAUUUCUGACAUUUCUACACUAUCUAGUUUCUACAUUUCUACACUAUUCCCCUGUCCCUAUAGUGGAAAUUAUGCCUACUAUUAUAUGACAGGAUACGAAAUAUGAUGUGAUAUUACUAACUAGACAAAUUGACUGCUAUGUGUAACUUCAUAUGAAAUUAAGAUGUUCAUGAUGACAAUAAUUCCAAGUGCUUCCGCUGUCUCACAAUACCAAACUCUGAUAAGCCAACUCAAAUGUUGCUAUCUGAGAUUCACAACACAGCGAGACAGAAUCCUCAGGUAUACUUAAAUAUAUAUAUAUAUAUAUAUAUAUAUAUAUAUAUAUAUAUAUAUAUAUAUAUAUACACACACACACAGUGGGGAAAAAAAGUAUUUAGUCAGCCACCAAUUGUGCAAGUUCUCCCACUUAAAAAGAUGAGAGAGGCCUGUAAUUUUCAUCAUAGGUACACGUCAACUAUGACAGACAAAUUGAGAAAAGAAAAUCCAGAAAAUCACAUUGUAGGAUUUUUAAUGAAUUUAUUUGCAAAUUAUGGUGGAAAAUAAGUAUUUGGUCACCUACAAACAAGCAAGAUUUCUGGCUCUCACAGACCUGUAACUUCUUCUUUAAGAGGCUCCUCUGUCCUCCACUCGUUACCUGUAUUAAUGGCACCUGUUUGAACUUGUUAUCAGUAUAAAAGAUACCUGUCCACAACCUUAAAGAGUCACACUCCAAACUCCACUAUGGCCAAGACCAAAGAGCUGUCAAAGGACACCAGAAACAAAAUUGUAGACCUGCACCAGGCUGGGAAGACUGAAUCUGCAAUAGGUAAGCAGCUUGGUUUGAAGAAAUCAACUGUGGGAGCAAUUAUUAGGAAAUGGAAGACAUACAAGACCACUGAUAAUCUCCCUCGAUCUGGGGCUACACGCAAGAUCUCACCCCGUGGGGUCAAAAUGAUCACAAGAACGGUGAGCAAAAAUCCCAGAACCACACGGGGGACCUAGUGAAUGACCUGCAGAGAGCUGGGACCAAAGUAACAAAGCCUACCAUCAGUAACACACUACGCCGCCAGGGACUCAAAUCCUGCAGUGCCAGACGUGUCCCCUUGCUUAAGCCAGUACAUGUCCAGGCCCGUCUGAAGUUUGCUAGAGUGCAUUUGGAUGAUCCAGAAGAGGAUUGGGAGAAUGUCAUAUGGUCAGAUGAAACCAAAAUAUAACUUUUUGGUAAAAACUCAACUCGUCGUGUUUGGAGGACAAAGAAUGCUGAGUUGCAUCCAAAGAACACCAUACCUACUGUGAAGCAUUGGGUGGAAACAUCAUGCUUUGGGGCUGUUUUUCUGCAAAGGGACCAGGACGACUGAUCCGUGUAAAGGAAAGAAUGAAUGGGGCCAUGUAUCGUGAGAUUUUGAGUGAAAACCUCCUUCCAUCAGCAAGGGCAUUGAAGAUGAAACGUGGCUGGGUCUUUCAGCAUGACAAUGAUCCCAAACACACCACCCGGGCAACGAAGGAGUGGCUUCGUAAGAAGCAUUUCAAGGUCCUGGAGUGGCCUAGCCAGUCUCCAGAUCUCAACCCCAUAGAAAAUCUUUGGAGGGAGUUGAAAGUCUGUGUUGCCCAGCGACAGCCCCAAAACAUCACUGCUCUAGAGGAGAUCUGCAUGGAGGAAUGGGCCAAAAUACCAGCAACAGUGUGUGAGAAUCUUGUGAAGACUUACAGAAAACAUUUGACCUGUGUCAUUGGCAACAAAGGGUAUAUAACAAAGUAUUGAGAAACUUUUGUUAUUGACCAAAUACUUAUUUUCCACCAUAAUUUGCAAAUAAAUUCAUUAAAAAUCCUACAAUGUGAUUUUCUGGAAUUUUUCACAUAUUGUCUGUUAUAGUUGGCGUGUACCUAUGAUGAAAAUUACAGGCCUCUCUCAUCUUUUUAAGUUGGAGAACUUGCACAAUUGGUGGCUGACUAAAUACUUUUUUCCCCCACUGUAUAUAUACACACACACACACACACACACACAAACUUACAGUGCCUUCAGAAAUAUUCAUACCCCUUGAAUUUUUCCACUUUGUUGGUUACAGCCUGAAUUAAAAACGGAUUAAAUACCCCAUGACGACAAAGUGAAAACAUGUUUAGAACAUUUUGCAAAUGAAUUGAAAAUGAAAUACAGAAAUAUCUCAUUUACAUAAGUAUUCACACCCCUGAGUCAAUACAUGUUAGAAUCACCUUUGGCAGCGUUUAGAGCUGAGAGUCUUUCUGGGUAAGUCUCUAAGAGCUUUGCACACCUGGAAUGUACAAUAUUUGCACAUUAUUCUUUUUAAAAUUCUUCUAGCUCUGUCAAGUUGGUUGUUGAUCAUUGCUAGACAGCCAUUUUCAAGUCUUGCCAUUGAUUUUCAAGCCGUUUUAAGUCAAAACUAUCUACGCUACUCAGGAACAUUCAAUGCCGUCUUGGUAAGCAACUCGAGUGUAUAUUUGGCCUUGUGUUUUAGGUUAUUGUCCUGCUAAAAAGCAGAUUAGUGUCUGGAAAGCAGACUAAACCAGGUUUUCCUCUAGGAUUUUGCCUGUGCUGAGCUCUAUUCCAUUUAUUUUUAUCCAAAAAAACACCCUAGUCCUUGCCAAUGACAAGCAUAUCCAUAACAUGAUGCAGCCACCACCAUGCUUGAAAAUAUGAAGAGUGGUACUCAGUGAUGUGUUCUGUUGGAUUUGCCCCAAACAUAACACUUCGUAUUUAGGACAUGAAGUUCAUUUGUUUGCAGUUUUACUUUCGUGCCUUAUUGCAAACAGGAUGCAUGUAUUCUCUACAGGAAUCCUUCUUUUCAUUCUGUCAUUUAGUUUAGUAUUUAGGUCAUGUUGUUGAUCCAUCCUCAGUUUUCUCUUAUCACAACCAUUAAUAAACUAACUUUUUUAAAGUCACCAUUUCCCUCAUGGUGAAAUCCCUGAGCGGUUUCCUUCGUCUCCGGCAACUGAGUUAGGAAGGAUGCCUGUAUCUUUGCAGUGACUUGGUGUAUUUAUACACCAUCCAAAGUGUAAUUAUUAACCUCACCAUGCUCAAAGGGCCAUUCAAUGUAUAUAUAUAUUUUUUAAAUUAAAAGCUACAAAUAGGUGCCCUUCUUUGCGCGGCAUUGGAAAACCUCCCUGGCCUUUGUGGUUGAAUCUUUGUUUGAAAUUCACUGCUCAACUGCGGGACCUUAUAGAUAAUUUUAUGUGUGGGGUCCAGAGAUGAGGUAGCCAUUCUAAAAUCAUGUCAAACACUUAUUGCACAGGCAACUUAUUAUGUGACUUGUUAAGCAAAUGUUUACUCCUGAACUUAUUUAGGCUUGCCAUAACAAAGGGGUUGACUACUUACUGACUCAAGACAUUUCAGCUUGACAUUUUUUAUUAAUUUGUAAAAAUGUCUAAAAACAUAAUUCCACUUUGACAUUAUGGGCUAUUGUGUGUAGGCCAGUGACAUAAAAACUCAAUUUAAUCAAUUUUAAUUCAGGCUGUAACACAACAGAAUGUGGAAAAGGGGUGUGAAUACUUUCUGAAGGCACUGUAUACGUUUUUUUACUAUACUUAUAUAUAUACACACACACACACCACCCUACCUGUGUGACCUUCUCUUUGACGUUCUGUGUGCGCUCCUUCACCUUGGCUGGGGCGAGGAGCUCCACCCUGUGGGCCGGGGGGGACAGCCUGUCGGGUUUGAAGGGAGGAGGGUUGGCCGUUCCCCCAGUCUUCAUUAGGUCUAAGUCGGACGUGGAGUUCAGCUGGCAAAGCUGGAGGUCUGAUGGAGGUCCAAUGUUCCCACCAGACACAGGUAAUUUGGGGCCAAUGACAGGAGACAAAGAAAAACAGGCACCCAUGUUUAGUUAUAGAAACAAUGACAUGAGUCCCAAUGUGGUUUUGUAUGCAUUUGCUUAACAUUUUGAUGAAGAACCAAAAUAUGAUUUUUCUUAACUUUACCCAGAACCAGGUUUGUCAAAAGAGACUAGAAUUUGCAAAUAUGCUAUUAAAGAGUGACUGUAGCGGCAGAAUUAGACCUUUCAGCUCUGCUUCUCUUUUUAAAAAAUCCCCAAAAGUUUGGAGUGUUGUGAUGCUUAUAAAAAUCCAUAUAAUUACACAAAUUAGGGUGUGUUGAGUGCAUCUCCCCUCCCCUAAUUUGUGGAAGACCUGGCAGCUAAAUGAGGUAACGGGGGUGUUUCCCCAUCACACUUUUUUUUAAAGACAAAUUGCACUCUUAGUGAUGUAGAUGCAUACCAGAGUACACAUAAACAUCCCUAUUUUCAGAGCCUCCGGCCGGGAUACAUUCAAAGGCACAUUGCAGAGGUUGAAUAUGGGUGCAAUCUCGGUGAAUGUCAGGGAAAUAGCCUUUUAAAAAGGUCCAUUGUCUGUAGUGCCAUGCGCAGCGCUACAACACUCCUUUGAAUUAAUUUCCGACCUCCAUUUUAGUAGGGGGUGGAAAUGUUUGACUAUGUUUGACUGAUUUCAGGACUAGAAUUAAUGUACAUUACUAUAACAAACAUUAGAAAAAUGGCUUUUAAAAAGGAAACGUUUUAUUAUUAUUAGGAUGUGAGCAAAAGGCCUGGGUUCAAAUACACGUGUAAUUGAGUAUCUGGUAUUUUAAAUAAUUUCUGCGUAUUUGAGUAUUUUCAAAUACCAAAACAAGUACUUUUAUUUGGGUAUUUGAAUGGUUAUUUGUCAGAACCAAAUAGUCUGCCAAAUUGUAUCUGACAGUAUGUUCAAAUACUUAUUUCAAAUACUAUUUUGAAAUACCUGGGUUAAAUGCAUGGGAGUGUAUUUGAGUUAGUGUAUUAGAGUUUUUCAAAUACUUUCCAAGUGCAUUUCCAAAUAAUUUAAUAUAUUAAACUAGUUGUCUUUUCAAAGAGAAUAUAUCUCAAUACAUACUUCAAAUGUAUGUGAAAGUAAUUGCGAUUUUUGAAAUAGUAUUUCAACCCAGGUCUGCUGAGCAAGCACAAAAUAGAUUCAGAAUUUAUUUAUCUAUGAAAACGUUCAUCUGAAAUUAGUAAACACUGACAGAGGGAAUGUCUGAAAUGGCACCCUACUCCCUACGUAUGCUACUUUUGCCCAUAAAAAAAAAAAGAGUGUACUACAUAGGGAAUAGGGUGCAAUUUCGAACGCAGACAGACUUACUGGUGGUGACGCGUACUUCCCCACCCUGGGCUCCCCAAUCCGCCCUCAUGUCCCUGGGAGAGACAAAGGAUAUCCCCUCAGGAUACUAGUUCCACUAAGAUGGUCCUCCACAGAAUGUCCCAACAAGCAACUGGUUCAGCAACUUCUUCCACCACAAACAAAAGUAAAAGUCAGAGCCAGUUUAAAAAACGUAUCUCCUCUGCGAAAAUGUCCCCUGUUGGUCUUCCUCUCUCCCCCCAAAAAAUCUACCAGUAUAAAACCAGUUCUCUCAGAAAAUGUCUACCAAAAUUACAAUUUGUGUAAAUACUUUGAAGAGAUUCUGUCCAAAAGUGUUCGCCAGUUGUUUUAUGGUUCCUUUUUUUCUCAUAAUAUACAUUAGAAUGCUGUCCUUUAAUCUGCGCAGAUGACAACCUCUCUUAGGGUCAUACUCUCCGGAGUCUGACUCCCACAGGCCAGUGAACUGGGUUAGCGUUAGCACGUGGCUAUGCCUCAUUCACUAACACAGUGAACUGAUCAAUGACUACAGCAGAGAGCCGCCGACAAAUAAAAUCAAUCCCAAAUCACGGAUAACAACAGGAAAUGGGCUCAACGUUAUUACAUUGGACAUUCCUGGCUGUCACUACAUUCAAAGGACCCUUUCAGUUUUGCUAUAAGUAUCAGGCAGUCACCGAAGAAUGUUGUGAUAUGUGGGGAACACAACCUCGAAAAUAGCUGGAAAAACACUUAAUACAUUGCAUGCAUAUGCUGCUAAUGUGGCACCUUAUUGAUUUACAGUGUUUAUAUAACAUUAAUAUGAUGGAAUGAGAUGUGGGCAUGACCUGACACACUUAAAUUGAAAUGUCCUUCAGCGGUAACGUUCGACGUAACUAUUUCUAGAGUAUUGGUUUUCAGAACUUUGGGCCAAAUGUUUAUCAGUUAGACAAACAGGGCCAAAGGGUUUCAAAUACUGUACCUAGGUGUCCAAAUCAUAUCAAAGCUGGACAUCAUAUUUCAAUCAAUCAAAUUAAAUCUAUCAAAUGUAUAUUAUAAAGCCUUUUUUACAUAAACAGUUGUCACAGAGUGCUUUACAGAUACCCGGCCUAAACCCCAAAGAGCAAGCAAAGCAGAAAAGAAAGCACAGUGGCCAGGAAAAACUCCCUAGAAGGAAGGAACCUAGAGACGAACCCAGCUCAGAGCGGUGGCCCAUGUUCUGGCUGUACCAGGUAAAGAUUGAGAGUUCACGUGGCCAUUAAUCUUAGUUCAUACAGUGAGGGAAAAAGGUAUUUGAUCCCCUGCUGAUUUUGUACAUUUGCCCACUGACAAAGACAUGAUCAGUCUAUAAUUUUAAUGGUAGGUUUAUUUGAACAGUGAGAGACAGAAUAACAACAACAAAAUCCAGAAAAACGCAUGUAAAAAAAUUUAUAAAUUGAUUUGCAUUUUAAUGAGGGAAAUAAGUAUUUGACCCCUCUGCAAAACAUGACUUAGUACUUGGUGGCAAAACCCUUGUUGGCAAUCACAGAGGUCAGACAUUUCUUGUAGUUGGCCACCAGGUUUGCACACAUCUCAGGAGGGAUUUUGUCCCACUCCUCUUUGCAGAUCUUCUCCAAGUCAUUAAGGUUUCGAGCCUGACGUUUGGCAACUCGAACCUUCAGCUCCCUCCACAGAUUUUCUAUGGGAUUAAGGUCUGGAGACUGGCUAGGCCACUCCAGGACCUUAAUGUGCUUCUUCUUGAGCCACUCCUUUGUUGCCUUGGCCGUGUGUUUUGGGUCAUUGUCAUGUUGGAAUACCCAUCUACGACCCAUUUUCAAUGCCCUGGCUGAGGGAAGGAGGUUCUCACCCAAGAUUUGACGGUACAUGGCCCCGUCCAUCGUCCCUUUGAUGCGGUGAAGUUGUCCUGUCCCCUUAAAAGAAAAACACCCCCAAAGCAUAAUGUUUCCACCUCCAUGUUUGAUGGUGGGGAUGGUGUUCUUGGGUUCAUAGGCAGCAUUCCUCCUCCUCCAAACACGGCGAGUUGAGUUGAUGCCAAAGAGCUCGAUUUUGGUCUCAUCUGACCACAACACUUUCCCCCAGUUCUCCUCUGAAUCAUUCAGAUGUUCAUUGGCAAACUUCAGACAGGCCUAUAUAUGUGCUUUCUUGAGCAGGGGGACCUUGCGGGCACUGCAGGAUUUCAGUCCUUCACGGCGUAGUGUGUUACCAAUUGUUUUCUUGGUGACUAUGGUCCCAGCUGCCUUGAGAUCAUUGACAAGAUCCUCCCGUGUAGUUCUGGGCUGAUUCCUCACUGUUAUCAUGAUCCAUUGCAACUCCACGAAGUGAGAUCUUGCAUGGAGCCCCAGGCCGAGGGAGAUUGACAGUUAUUUUGUGUUUCUUCCAUUUGCGAAUAAUCACACCAACUGUUGUCACCUUCUCACCAAGCUGCUUGGCGAUGGUCUUGUAGCCCAUUCCAGCCUUGUGUAGGUCUACAAUCUUGUCCCUGACAUCCUUGGAGAGCUCUUUGGUCUUGGCCAUGGUGGGGAGUUUGGAAUCUGAUUGAUUGAUUGUUUCUGUGGACAGGUGUCUUUUAUACAGAUAACAAGCUGAGAUUAGGAGCACUCCCUUUAAGAGUGUGCUCCUAAUCUCAGCUCGUUACCUGUAUAAAAGACACCUGGGAGCCAGAAAUCUUUCUGAUUGAGAGGGGGUCAAAUAUUUAUUUCCCUCAUUAAAAUGCUAAUUAAUUAAUAACAUUUUUGACAUGUGUUUUUCUGGAUUUCUUUCUUGUUAUUCUGUCUCUCACUGUUUACAUUUACAUUUUUAGUCAUUUAGCAGACGCUCUUAUCCAGAGCGACUUACAGGAGCAAUUAGGGUUAAGUGCCUUGCUCAAGGGCACAUCGACAGAUUUUUCAAAAUUAUAGACUGAUCAUUUCUUUGUCAGUGGGCAAACGUACAAAAUCAGCAGGGGAUCAAAUACUUUUUUCCCUCACUGUAGCAUGCAUUUCUUUGUCAGACUGAUGGAUUAUCAGAGAGGAUAGAGCACACAAAAUGACGUUCAUGAUACAGUAUGUUUAUAUCUAACGAAUGUCAAGCUGCUUGCUUAGCGAGUACCGCGUCCUCCUGAUUCGGCUCAUACCGAAGCUCGAACCCAGGACCUCUGCCUGGAAAACACACGUGACGGCCCUCCUGAAGCGUCUUUCAAGUCGCACCAGAGAAAAGCUAGCUCCUCAGCAGCGCAAGUGGUGACACUUCAGGCUGAGGAGUAAGUUUCACAAAUUCCCUUAUACAAAUAGCUGUGGUAACAGGGUUGACAGUUAAGUAACAGAUUGGUAACAGGCUAGAGUUAAAUCCACUCAGUCACUUAUUUGAUUUGAUAUUUUUGUAGAAUAAUACAGGUUUGAGAAAAUUCUUAACCUAAAUCAAAAUCGACAAUUUGAAGAUGUUGACACAAUUGAAUGGUAGAUUUGACUGCUAAUACAGUCAUGUCCAAAAUUAUUGCCACCCUUAAAAGAAGAGGAGCAAAAAAGACUGUAUAAAAUAAAUAAUACAAAUACUGAGCUACAAUUGCUCAGAAAAAGUGACUUUUGUAAAACAAUCUCUUUCGUCUCUCUGUGUUUUUACGAUUUAGCAUCAAUUCCCUAGUGGCUGAAUCGAUCUCACCGGAGAAAUUAUCAGAGCGAGGGAAACAGCGCCCCGCUGUCUCAGUUACACUAUCCCUGUGUAGCUCAGUUGGUAGAGCAUGGCGCUUGCAAAGCCAGGGUUGUGGGUUCGUUUCCCAUGGGGGGCCAGUAUGAAAAAAAUAUGAAAAUGUAUGCACUCACUAACUGUAAGUCGCUCUGGAUAAGAGCGUCUGCUAAAUGACUAAAAUGUAAAAUGUAUAUGUAGCCCAUGUAUCUGAUGCUGUCUGGCCAAAAAGAGUAUGACAUUUUGGCGCCCUUAGCAUUUGAUUGAUUGAUGCCAGCAGCAUUUAGCCUCCCUUGAUAGAAAAAAUAUAAGAAUUUGCCAAUCAGCAUUGAGCUGAGCUCAACUGUUGUUGGUCUUGGCACAGCAAAACCACCCCUCAAAGGAGCGCAGUUUGGGUUUGGCUUCACAUCAAUCAAAAUCACAUCAAAAGCUAAACGUAAUUGUCAGAAAGAAACGUGUCUGUUCCUGGUCUGCUUAUGUUGUUGUCCUGCAGUAGCUAGCUAGCUCAAAUCGGCCCUUUCAUAAGUCAUGGAUGGAGAUGGGGAUUUGGAUUUCUGGUUUUUACUUAAUUCUCUGUACAGGCCAAUGAUUAUUAAGGAAAUUCUGAUCUAACCAUAAAUGUAUACAUUGUGUCACUGGCCUGAGACGAUUGAAGUUCAAUAUGUAGCCUAGAUGUAUACUGAACAAAAAUAUAAACGCAACAUGCAACAAUUUCACAGAGUUACAGUUCAUAUAAGGAAAUCAGUCAAUUGAAAUGAAUUCAUUAGGCCCUAAUCUAUGGAUUUCACAUUACAUUUACAUUUACAUUUUAGUCAUUUAGCAGACGCUCUUAUCCAGAGCGACUUACAGGAGCAAUUAGGGUUAAGUGCCUUGCUCAAGGGCACAUUUACGUCAUUUAGCAGACGCUCUUAUCCAGGGCGACCUACAAAUUGGUGCAAUCACCCUAUAGCCAGUGGGAUAACAUUACAUUUUUUUUACAUUUUAGUCAUUUAGCAGACGCUCUUAUCCAGAGCGACUUACAUUAUUAUUAUUUUAUUUUAUUUUUUAUACCCCCCGUGGGAAUCGAACCCACAACCCUGGCGUUGCAAACGCCAUGCUCUACCAACUGAGCUACAUCCCUGAUAACCACUUUACACUUUUUUUUUUUUUGGGGGGGGGGGGGGGGUAGAAGGAUUACUUUAUCCUAUCCCAGGUAUUCCUUAAAGAGGUGGGGUUUCAAAUGUCUCCGGAAGGUGGUGAGUGACUCCGCUGUCCUGGCGUCGUGAGGGAGCUUGUUCCACCAUUGGGGUGCCAGAGCAGCGAACAGUUUUGACUGGGCUGAGCGGGAACUAUGCUUCCGCAGAGGAAGGGGAGCCAGCAGGCCAGAGGUGGAUGAACGCAAUGCCCUCGUUUGGGUGUAGGGACUGAUCAGAGCCCGAAGGUACGGAGGUGCCGUUCCCCUCACUGCUCCAUAGGCAAGCACCAUGGUCUUGUAACGGAUGCGAGCUUCAACUGGAAGCCAGUGGAGUGUGCGGAGGAGGGGGGUGACGUGAGAGAACUUGGGAAGGUUGAACACCAGACGGGCUGCGGCAUUCUGGAUGAGUUGUAGGGGUUUAAUGGCACAGGCAGGGAGGCCAGCCAACAGCGAGUUGCAGUAAUCCAGACGGGAGAUGACAAGUGCCUGGAUUAGGACCUGUGCCGCUUCCUGUGUAAGGCAGGGUCGUACUCUCCGAAUGUUGUAGAGCAUGAACCUGCAGGAUCGGGUCACCGCCUUGAUGUUAGCGGAGAACGACAGGGUGUUGUCCAGGGUCACGCCAAGGCUCUUCGCACUCUGGGAGGAGGACACAACGGAGUUGUCAACCGUGAUGGCGAGAUCAUGGAACGGGCAGUCCUUCCCCGGGAGGAAGAGCAGCUCCGUCUUGCCAGGGUUCAGCUUGAGGUGGUGAUCCGUCAUCCAUACUGAUAUGUCUGCCAGACAUGCAGAGAUGCGAUUCGCCACCUGGUUAUCAGAAGGGGGAAAGGAGAAGAUUAGUUGUGUAUCGUCAGCGUAGCAAUGAUAGGAGAGGCCAUGUGAGGAUAUGACAGAGCCAAGUGACUUGGUGUAUAGGGAGAAUAGGAGAGGGCCUAGAACUGAGCCCUGGGGGACACCAGUGGUGAGAGCACGUGGUGCGGAGACAGCUUCUGGACUGGUAAUACAGAUAUGCAUCUGUUGGUCACAGAUACCUUAAAAGAAAAAGUUAGGGGCGUGGAUCAGAAAACCAGUCAGUAUAUGGUGUGGCCACCAUUUGCCUCAUGCAGCGUGACACAUCUCCUUCAUAUAGAAUUGAUCAGGCUGUUGAAUGUGGCCUGUGGAAUGUUGUGCCACUCUUCAAUGGCUGUGUGAAGUUGCUGGAUAUUGGCAGGAACUGGAACACGCUGUCGUACACGUCGAUCCAGAGCAUCCCAAACAUGCUCAAUGGGUGACAUGUCUGGUGAGUAUGCAGGCCAUGGAAGAACUGGGACAUUUUCAGCUUCCAGGAAUUGUGUACAUAUCCUUGCGACAUGGGGCUGUGCAUUAUCAUGCUGAAACAUGAGGUGAUGGCGGCAGAUGAAUAGCACCACAAUGGGCCUUAGGAUCUUGUCACGGUAUCUCUGUGCAUCCAAGUUGCCAUUGAUAAAAUGCAAUUGUGUUCGUUGUCUGUAGUGUAUGCCUGCCCAUACCAUAACCCCACCAUGGGGCACUGUGUUCACAACGUUGACAUCAGUGAACCGCUUGCCCACAUGACGCCAUACAUGCUGUCUGCCAUAUGCGCGGUACAAUUGAAACCGCGAUUCAGCCAUUAAGAGCACACUUCUCCAGCAUGCCAGUGGCCAUCGAAGGUGAGCAUUUGCCCUCUGAAGUCAGUUACGACUCGGAACUGCAGUCAGGUCAAGACCCUGCUGAAGACGAGCACGCAGAUGAGCUUCCCUGAGACGGUUUCUGACAGUUUGUGCAGAAAUUCUUUGGUUGUGCAAAACCAGUUUCACAUAGCUUUCCGGGUGGCUGGUGUCAGACGAUCCCGCAGGUGAAGAAGCCGGAUGUGGAUGUCCUGGGCUGGAGUGGUUACACGUGAUCUGAGGUUGUGAGGCCGGUCAAACAAAUUCUCUAAAACGAUGUUGGAGGCAGCUUAUGGUAGAGAUAUUAAUAUUAAAUUAUCUGGCAACAGCUCUGGUGGACAUUCCUGCAGUCAGCAUGGCAAUUGCACUCUCCCUCAACACCUGAGACAUCUGUGGCAUUGUGUUGUGUUCCAAAACUGCAUAUUUUAGAGUGGCCUUUUGUCCCCAGCACAAGGUGCACCUGUGUAAUGAUCAUGCUGUUUAAUCAGCUUCUUGAUAAUCCAUCCACCUGACAGGUGUGACGUAUCUUGGCAAAGGAGAAGCCAAACUUUGAGAGAAAUAAGAUUUUGGUGUUUAUGGAACAUUUCUGUGAUCUUUUAUUUCAGCUCAUGAAACAUGGGGCAAACACUUUACAUGCUGCGUUUAUAUUUUUGUUCAGUGUAGUAAGCUCAUGUUAACUAGCUAGCUUAGCUGGUUCAUUGUUGCCCAUUCUAGUAACUUAGGCUAGAAAGCAUUUGAACCAGGUAGCUUGGACCAGGACAACAAAAACUAAAAGUGUGUACUACUGUAUGACAGAGACAUAGACCGUUUUGCCAACAUGAAAGAGGAGGAUGGCAUUGUCAUUCAUCUAGGGAGAAUCUCAGUUGCAUAAUCCUCGCCUCCUUCUCAAAACCCAUUGGAGGAGAAGGUCAGAGGGGAUGCAAUUGAGAUUCCCCCUAGUCUACAUGUAUUUUCUACCUGUGUGCGCACGCACAAACACACACAGAAAAUCAGUACCAAGGACAGCCACAUGAUAUUUAGCAACGUUGAUUGAACCAAAUAGUUUUUAGCAUCUUUAAGUUGUCACUGUAUUUAGCUAAGCAUAUAGCCUAGUUGAUUUGAUGAUGUUGAAAUGGUGCUGGAAUAGCGGAGGUACUGCUCCGGUUUUAUUUGUGCUGACGGUAUCUCUUCCUGGUUCUAAAACAGUAGUUGUUUAGUAAACUGUCGGAACAUUAACUUGAUUGACAGUGAUGUAAAAAUACUUUAAAGUAUUUAUAUUUUUGACAACUUUUACUUCACUACAUUCCUAAAGAAAAGUAUGUACUUUUUACUCCAUACAUUUUCCACUCUUACUUGAGUCAUUUUCUUUUAAGGUAUCUUUACUUUUACUCAAGUAUGACAAUUGGGUACUUUUUCCACCACUGUUGAUUGACCAUGCUGUGUAGGUCAUGUAACUAUUUGUUACAUCCAAUAUUUGCUUUGUGGACUUCACCAGACAGCUGUUGCUCUCCGGUUUUGUGAUAAAACAAACAUAUGUGUGGUUUAAUUUAUUCUGCCACUGUGUGGCUUUUGUCUUUUUGUUGUCUCUGCCUUAUUGUAUAUCAUGGACGAAUGGGUUAUAGAGCAAACAACACAAUUAUCACAACAUAGGUUGUAAUUUGGCUUUUUUCCCUGGCUUGGCUUCCCCAGUGAUUUUAUCCAUGCACCGCUACUGUUUAUAGGUAAGAAUGAAGUACCUUACUGUGAUUGUUUUCAAUUAAAAUGCUCAAAAAGAAACAGAAAUAGCUUCCUAGCAAAGAGCAAUUUCUCAAGCAAGAAUUUUGCUAAGACCGUCUGGGAGUGGUCCGAGUGGAAAGGGGAAAACUGAAAACGAGCUGUUGUUGGUCUAUUAACUAAUUUACAGAUUCCAAUAGCAGUGUGUUUUCAUUAAAAAGACCCAGUGCAAUCAAAAACAUGCUUUUCCUGUGUUUAACAUAUACAGUAUUUCCACGCUAUGAGGUUGGAAUAAUACUGUGAAAUUGUGAAAAUUAUGAUGAUGCCCUUUUAGUGUAAGAGCUGUUUAAAAUGACUGACAUUUCUGCCUGUUUUGGUGGGAUGGAGUUUUGGCCUGCCUGGUGAUGUCCAAAAAUGGAUGUACCAUUCACAGAUUGCCCCUUUAAGUGUAUAAUAAUGUGUACAUUAAAUACUUGUGGACAAAAACUUGUCUGCCAUUCCAUGUCUGCCUGAUCAUAUCCCAACAGAUAUGUUAAUGUCACUUGCCAGCCCCAAGCUGUUGAUGAUGAACAACCUGAUAGCCUCAACUUCAGGACCAUCAACAUACAAUGUUCAGGGCCCACUUUUUUGAUGCACUGGGCCCGGAUGCAUAAAACAUCUUAAGUUAAUUGUCCUCUUAUCUUUUCCCUUAAAGUUAAAGCAUUUGAAAAAACAUAAGGUGAAAUGUCCAAAGUUUUCAGACCCCUUGACUUUUUCAAAAAAUUUUAAAGUUACAGCCUUAUUCUAAAAUUGAUUUCAUUGUUUUUUCCCCAUCAAUCUACACACAAUACCCCAUAAUGACAAAGCAAAAACAAGUGUGUAGAAAUGUUUGCAAAUGUAUAAAUCAAAUCAAAUCUGAAUUAUAACAUUUACAUAAGUAUUCAGACCCUUUACUCAAUACUUUGUUGAAGCACCUUUGGCAGCAAUUACAGCCUCGAGUCUUCUUGGGUAUGACGCUACAAGCUUGGCACACCUGUAUUUGGGGAGUUUCUAACAUUCUUCUCUGCAGAUCCUCUCAAGCUCUGUCAAGUUGGAUGGGGAGCGUUGCUGCACAGCUAUUUUUAGGUCUCUCCAGAGAUGUUCGAUCGGGUUCAAGUCUGGGCUCUGGCUGGGCCACUCAAGGACAUUGCACAGAAUUGUCCCGAAGCCACUCCUGUGUUGUCUUGGCUUUGUGCUUAGAGUCGUUGUCCUGUUAGAAGAUGAACCUUCACCCCAGUCUGAGGCCCUGAGCAGGUUUUCAUCUCUCUGUACUUUGCUCCAUUCAUCUUUCAUCUUUCCCUCGAUCCUGACUAAUGUGGAAAAUACUUUGAAUACUUUCCAAAGGCACUAAUAUAUAUACAGUGGGGAGAACAAGUAUUUGAUAACCUGCAAAAUCGGCAGUGUUUCCUACUUACAAAGCAUGUAGAGGUCUGUAAUUUGUAUCAUAGGUACACUUCAACUGUGAGAGACGGAAUCUAAAACAAAAAUCCAGAAAAUCACAUUGUAUGAUUUUUAAGUAAUUAAUUUGCAUUUUAUUGCAUGACAUAAGUAUUUGAUACAUCAGAAAAGCAGAACUUUCCUGUAGGUAUUGACCAGGUUUGCACACACUGCAGCAGGGAUUUUGGCCACCUCCUCCAUACAGACCUUCUCCAGAUCCUUCAGGUUUCGGGGCUGUCGCUGGGCAAUACGGACUUUCAGCUCCCUCCAAAGAUUUUCUAUUGGGUUCAGGUCUGGAGACUGGCUAGGCCACUCAAGGACCUUGAGAUGCUUCUUACGGUGCCACUCCUUAGUUGUCCUGGCUGUGUGUUUUGGGUCGUUGUCAUGCUGGAAGACCCAGCCACGUCCCAUCUUCAAUGCUCUUACUGAGGGAAGGAGGUUGUUGGCCAAAAUCUCGUGAUACAUGGCCCCAUCCAUCCUCCCCUCAAUACGGUGCAGUCGUCCUGUCCCCUUUGCAGAAAAGCAUCCCCAAAGAAUGAUGUUUCCACCUCCAUGCUUCACGGUUGGGAUGGUGUUCUUGGGGUUGUACUCAUCCUUCUUCUUCCUCCAAACACGGCGAGUGGGUUUUAGACCAAAAAAGCUCUAUUUCUGUCUCAUCAGACCACAUGACCUUCUCCCAUUCCUCCUCUGGAUCAUCCAGAUGGUCAUUGGCAAACUUCAGACGGGCCUGGACAUGCGCUGGCUUGAGCAGGGGGACCUUGCGUGCGCUGCAGGAUUUUAAUCCAUGACGGCGUAGUGUGUUACUAAUGGUUUUCUUAGAGACUGUGGUCCCAGCUCUCUUCAGGUCAUUGACCAGGUCCUGCCGUGUAGUUCUCGGCUGAUCCCUCACCUUCCUCAUUAUCAUUGAUGCCCCACGAGGUGAUAUCUUGCGUUGAGCCCCAGACCGAGGGUGAUUGACCGUCAUCUUGAACUUCUUCCAUUUUCUAAUAAUUGCGCCAACAGUUGUUGCCUUCUCACCAAGCUGCUUGCCUAUUGUCCUGUAGCCCAUCCCAGCCUUGUGCAGGUCUACAAUUAUAUCCCUGAUGUCCUUACACAGCUCUCUGGUCUUGGCCAUUGUGGAGAGGUUGGAGUCUGUUUGAUUGAGUGUGUGGACAGGUGUCUUUUAUACAGGUAACGAGUUCAAACAGGUGCUGUUAAUACAGGUAAUGAGUGGAGAACAGGAGGGCUUCUUAAAGAAAAACUAACAGGUCUGUGAGAGCCGGAAUUCUUACUGGUUGGUACUUAAAAAUCAUACAAUGUGAUUUUCUGGAUUUUUGCUUUAGAUUACAUCUCUCACAGUUGAAGUGUACCUAUGAUAAAUAUUACAGACCUCUACAUGCUUUGUAAGUAGGAAAACCUGCAAAAUCGGCAGUGUAUCAAAUACUUGUUCUCCCCACUGUAUACACACAUGUAUGUAUGUAUGUAUGUAUGUAUGUAUGUAUGUAUGUAUGUAUGUAUAUAUAUAUAUAUAUAUAUAUAUAUAUAUAUAUAUAUAUAUAUAUAUAUAUAUAUAUAUAUAUACACAUACACACACACACACACACACAUACAUACACACACACAUACAUAUACAGUGAGGGAAAAAAGUAUUUGAUCCCCUGCUGAUUUUUUACGUUUACCCACUGACAAAGACAUGAUCAGUCUAUAAUUUUAAUGGUAGGUUUAUUUGAACAGUGAGAGACAGAAUAACAUGAAAAAAAUCCAGAAAAACGCAUGUCAAAAAUGUUAUGAAUUGAUUUGCAUUUUAAUGAGGGAAAUAAGUAUUUGACCCCUCUGCAAAACAUGACUUAGUACUUGGUGGCAAAACCCUUGUUGGCAAUCAGAGGUCAGACGUUUCUUGUAGUUGGCCACCAGGUUUGCAUUCCUCCUCCUCCAAACACGGCGAGUUGAGUUGAUGCCAAAGAGCUCGAUUUGUCUCAUCUGACCACAACACUUUCCCCCAGUUAUACUCUGAAUCAUUCAGAUGUUCACUGGCAAACUUCAGACGGGCCUAUAUAUGUGCUUUCUUGAGCAGGGGGACCUUGUGGGCACUGCAGGAUUUCAGUCCUUCACGGCGUAGUGUGUUACCAAUUGUUUUCUUGGUGACUAUGGUCCCAGCUGCCUUGAGAUCAUUGACAAGAUCCUCCCGUGUAGUUCUGGGCUGAUUCCUCACUGUUCUCAUGAUCCAUUGCAACUCCAUGAAGUGAGAUCUUGCAUGGAGCCCCAGGCCGAGGGAGAUUGACAGUUAUUUUGUGUUUCUUCCAUUUGCGAAUAAUCACACCAACUGUUGUCACCUUCUCACCAAGCUGCUUGGCGAUGGUCUUGUAGCCCAUUCCAGCCUUGUGUAGGUCUACAAUCUUGUCCCUGACAUCCUUGGAGAGCUCUUUGGUCUUGGCCAUGGUGGGGAGUUUGGAAUCUGAUUGAUUGAUUGUUUCUGUGGACAGGUGUCUUUUAUACAGGUAACAAGCUGAGAUGAGGUGUACUCCCUUUAAAGAGUGUGCUCCUAAUCUCAGCUCGUUAUCUGUAUAAAAGACACCUGGGAGCCAGAAAUCUUUCUGAUUGAGAGGGGGUCAAAUACUUAUUUCCCUCAUUAUAAUGCAAAUCAAUUUAUAACAUUUGAUCAAUCAAUUAGCCUUUUAAAAUUAUAAACUUGGAUUAGCAAACACAACGUGCCAUUGGAACACAAGACUGAUGGUUGCUGAUAAUGGGCCUCUGUACGCCUAUGUUGAUAUUCCAUAAAAAAUCAGCUGUUUCCAGCUACAAUAGCCAUUUACAACAUUAACAAUGUCUACACUGUAUUUCUGAUCAAUUUGAUGUUAUUUUAAUGGACAAAAAAAGUAUUUUCUUUCGAAAACAAGGACAUUUCUAAGUGACCCCAAACUUUUGAACGGUAGUAUAUAUAGUGCCUUCAGGAAAGUAUUCAGACCCCUUGACUUUUUCCACUUUGUUACAUUAGCCUUAUUCUAAAAUAGAUGAAAUAAAUAAAAAUCCUCAGCAAUCUACACACAAUCCCCCAUAAUGACAAAGCGAAAAAAACAUUUUUUGCAAAUGUAUUAAAAAUAAAAUCCAGAAAUACCUUAUUUACAUAAGUAUUCGGACCCUUUGCUAUGAGACUCAAAAUUGAGCUCAGGUGCAUCCAUUGAUCAUCCUUGAGAUGUUUCUACAACUUGAUUGGAGUCCACCUGUGGUAAAUACAAUUGAUUGGACAUGAUUUGGAAAGGCACACACCUGUCUAUAUAAUGUCCCACAGCAGCAGUGCAUGUCAGAGCAAAAAACCAAGUAAUGAGGUCGAAGGAAUUGUCCGUAGAGCUCCGAGACAGGAUUUUGUCAAGGCACAGAUCUGGGGAAGGGUACCAAAAGAUGUCUGCAGCAUUGAAGGUCCCCAAGAACACAGAAGUUUGGAACCACCAAGACUCUUCCUAGAGCUGGCCGCCCGGGCAAACUGAGCAAUCGGGGGAGAAGAGCCUUGGUCAGGGAGGUGAACAAGAACCCAAUGGUCACUCUGACAAAGCUCUAGAGUUCCUCUGUGGAGAUGGGAGAAACUUCCAGAAGGACAACCAUCUCUGCAGCACUCCACCAAUCAGGCCUUUAUGGUAGAUUGGCCAAACGGAAGCCACUCCUCAGUAAAAGGCACAUGACAGCCCACUUGGAGUUUGCCAAAAGGCACCUUAAGACUCUCAGACCAUAAGAAACAAGAUUCUCUGGUCUGAUGAAACCAAGAUUGAACUCUUUGGCCUGAAUGCCAAGACUCACGUCUGGAGGAAACCUGGCACCAUCCCUACGGUAAAGCAUGGUGGUGGCAGCAUCAUGCUGUGGGGAUGUUUUUCAGUGGCAGGGACUGGGAGACUAGUCGAGGCAAAGAAGAACUGAGCAAAGUACAGAGAGAUCCUUGAUGAAAACCUGCUCCAGUGCUCAGGACCUCAGACUGGGGCGAAGGUUCACCUUCCAAAAGGACAACGACCCUAAGCACACAGAAGUGGCUUCGGGAAAAGUCUCUGAAUGUCCUUGAGUGGCCCAGCAAGAGUCCAGACUUGAACCCGAUCAAACAUCUCUGGAGAGACCUGAAAAUAGCUGUGCCGCAAUGAUCCCCAUCCAACCUGACAGAGCUUGAGAGGAUCUGCAGAGAAUAAUGGGAGAAACUCCCCAAAUACAGGCGUGCCAAGCUUGUAGCGUCAUACCCAAGAAGACUCAAGGCUGUAAUCGCUGCCAAAGGUGCUUCAAAGUACUGAGUAAAGGGUCUGAAUACUUUUGUAAAUGUGAUAUUUCAGCUUUUUAUUUAAAGGAAAGUAAUGAUGGACUGUCGUUUUUCUUUGCUUAUUUGAGCUUUUCUUGACAUAAUAUGGACUUGGUCUUUUACCAAAUAGGGCUAUCUUCUAUAUAGCCUCCUGAGUGGCGCAGCGGUCUAAGGCACUGCAUCGCAGUGCUAGCUGUGCCACUAGAGAUCCUGGUUCGAAUCCAGGCUCUGUCGUAGCCGGCCGCGACCGGGAGACCCAUGAGGCGGCGCACAAUUGGCCCAGCAUCGUCCAGGGUAGGGGAGGGAAUGGCCGGCAGGGAUGUAGCUCAGUUGGUAGAGCAUGUCGCUUGCAACGCCAGGGUUGUGGGUUUGAUUCCAGUAAUAAAAUAAUGCAUGCAAUCACUAACUGUAAGUCGCUCUGGAUAAGAGCGUCUGCUAAAUGACUAAAAUGUAAAUGUAAAAUGUAUACCCCCCCCCCCCCUUUUCAAGAGAGACUUGGUCCAACAGCAGCAGGGGGAACAAAGUUUCUGACAAAACAACUUACAUACAUUAACACAAUAUUGAACAAAACUAUAGACACACAUACAGUACAACAAUUACAUAUUACGUAAAGAAACACAAAUGUCAUAACUAAAAAUCAGCUGUCCUAAAGACAAUUACACUCUAUGAAAUGUACAUCGACCAAGUUUUUAAACUCCACCAAUGUGACUAGAUCAUCAAAUUUUAAAAUGUUCAGGAGAUAAUUCCAGGACCACGGAGCUGAGUAACUAAAACUAUUUCUACCAUGACAUGUUCUAAUUCUUGGUACCGUUAAAAGCAAAUGAGAAUGGGACCAUAAUUUAUAUUUAUUUACUGACCUGAUUAAAAAAUAACAGAGAUAAAGUGGCAUUUUACCCAGUAUGGCCUUAUAAAUCAGUGUAUACCAGUGUUUAAGCCUACGCAAGGUCAAUGACGACCAGCCAACGGCGCUGUAGAGAUCACAAUGAUGUGUUAGACGUUUUUGAUUGGUAAUGAACCUGAGGGCCGCAUGAUAUACUGAAUCAAGUGCUCUCAGGGUAGUGAUUGAGGCCUACAUACAGUGAGGGAAAAAAGUAUUUGAUCCCCUGCUGAUUUUGUACUUUUACCACUGACAAAGAAAUACUAAGUCUAUAAUUUUAAUGGUAGGUUUAUUUGAACAGUGAGAGACAGAAUAACAAUAAAAAAAUCCUGAAAAACGCAUGUCAAAAAUGUUUUAAAUUGAUUUGCAUUUUAAUGAGGGAAAUAAGUAUUUGACCCCCUCUCAAUCAGAAAGAUUUUUGGCUCCGAGGUGUAUUUUAUACAGGUAACGAGCUGAGAUUAGGAGCACACUUGCUCCUAGUCUCAGUUUGUUACCUGUAUAAAAGACACCUGUCCACAGAAGCAAUCAAUCAGAUUCCAAACUCUCCACCAUGGCCAAGACCAAAGAGCUCUCCAAGAAUGUCAGGGACAAGAUUGUAGACCUUCACAAGGCUGGAAUGGGCUACAAGACCAUCGCCAAGCAGCUUGGUGAGAAGGUGAAAAUAGUUGGUGCGAUUAUUCGCAAAUGGAAGAAACACAAAAUAACUGUCAAUCUCCCUCGGCCUGGAGCUCCAUGCAAGAUCUCACCUCGUGGAGUUGCAAUGAUCAUGAGAACGGUGAGGAAUCAGCCCAGAACUACAUGGGAGGAUCUUGUCAAUGAUCUCAAGGCAGCUGGGACCAUAGUCACCAAGAAAACAAUUGGUAACACACUACGCCGUGAAGGACUGAAAUCCUGCAGCGCCCGCAAGGUCCCCCCUUCUCAAGAAAGCACAUAUACAGGCCCGUCUGAAGUUUGCCAAUGAACAUCUGAAUGAUUGGCAUCAACUCAACUCGCCGUGUUUGGAGGAGGAGGAAUGCUGCCUAUGACCCCAAGAACACCAUCCCCACUGUCAAACAUGGAGGUGGAAACAUUAUGCUUUGGGGGUGUUUAUCUGCUAAGGGGACAGGACAACUUCACCGCAUCAAAGGGACGAUGGACGGGGCCAUGUACCGUCAAAUCUUGGGUGAGAACCUCCUUCCCUCAGCCAGGGCUUUGAAAAUGGGUCGUGGAUGGGUAUUCCAGCAUGACAAUGACCCAAAACACAUGGCCAAGGCAACAAAGGAGUGGCUCAAGAAGAAGCACAUUAAGGUCCAGGAGUGGCCUAGCCAGUCUCCAGACCUUAAUCCCAUAGAAAAUCUGUGGAGGGAGCUGAAGGUUCGAGUUGCCAAACGUCAGGCUCGAAACCUUAAUGACUUGGAGAAGAUCUGCAAAGAGGAGUGGGACAAAAUCCCUCCUGAGAUGUGUGCAAACCUGGUGGCCAACUACAAGAAACGUCUGACCUCUGAUUGCCAACAAGGGUUUUGCCACCAAGUACUAAGUCAUGUUUUGCAGAGGGGUCAAAUACUUAUUUCCCUCAUUAAAAUGCAAAUCAAUUUAUAACAUUUUUGACAUGCGUUUUUCUGGAAUUUUAUGUUGUUAUUCUGUCUCUCACUGUUCAAAUAAACCUACCAUUAAAAUUAUGUCUUUGUCAGUGGGCAAACGUACAAAAUCAGCAGGGGAUCAAUUACUUUUUUCCCUCACUGUAUAUAUUUAUAACAUCACUAAAAUCGAAAACCGCCAGUAAUGUACAUCGUACCAGCUCCUUCCUGGCCUCCAGAGAAAAACAAGACAUAUGCCGGUAAUAAAAGCCUAUUCUCGGUUUGAGCUUCCUUAUCAAGUUCUCCACAUGAACAGUGAAGCUCAGCUUGUCAUCCACCCACACUCCCAAAUAUUUGUACACAUCCAAUGAAGCAAAUUUGAAAAUGCCAUGCAUUUUGUUUUACCUGAAAUCAGAACCAGCUUCAAAUCAUACAGAUUCUGUUGUAUGGUGUUAAAAGCUAUUUGGCCAUUUUCAAAAGCUAAAGAUAAACUACAACCACUUGAAUAAAGAACAGUAUCAUCUGCAUAAAAAUGAACAUCCGCUAUUUCAAUAUAAUCCCCAAUGUUGUUGAUAUACGAAAUGAACAACAGUGUGCCCAAAAUAGAACCUUGCGGAACACCUGAGCACAACUGUAUGGACUCAGAUUUACAACCAUCCACCAAUACACAUUGUGUACGAUUUGAUAGGUAAUUUAUAAACCAAACUGGAGCAUGAAGCUGGUUGAGAGAAUGCCAAGCGUGUGCAAAGCUGUCAUCAAGGCAAAGGGUGGCUAUUUUGAAGAAUCUCAAAUAUAUUUUGAUUUGUUUAACACUUUUUUGGUUACUACAUGAUUCCAUAUGUGUUAUUUCAUAGUAGUGAUGUCUUCACUAUUAUUCUACAAUGUAGAAAAUAGUAAAAAUAAAGAAAAACCCUGGAAUGAGUAGGUGUGUCCAAACAUUUGACUGGUACUGUGAGAUAUAUACACUGCUCAAAAAAAUUAAGGGAACACUAAAAUAACACAUCCUAGAUAUGAAUGAAUGAAAUAAUCUUAUUAAAUACUUUUUUCUUUACAUAGUUGAAUGUGCUGACAACAAAAUCACACAAAAAUUAUCAAUGGAAAUCAAAUGUAUCAACCCAUGGAGGUCUGGAUUUGGAGUCACCCUCAAAAUUAAAGUGGAAAACCACACUACAGGCUGAUCCAACUUUGAUGUAAUGUCCUUAAAACAAGUCAAAAUGAGGCUCAGUAGUGUGUGUGGCCUCCACGUGCCUGUAUGACCUCCCUAUAACGCCUGGGCAUGCUCCUGAUGACGUGGCAGAUGGUCUCCUGAGGGAUCUCCUCCCAGACCUGGACUAAAGCAUCCGCCAACUCCUGGACAGUCUGUGGUGCAACGUGGCGUUGGUGGAUGGAGCGAGACAUGAUGUCCCAGAUGUGCUCAAUUGGAUUCAGGUCUGGGGAACGGGCGGGCCAGUCCAUAGCAUCAAUGCCUUCCUCUUGCAGGAACUGCUGACACACUCCAGCCACAUGAGGUCUAGCAUUGUCUUGCAUUAGGAGGAGGAACCCAGGGCCAACCGCACCAGCAUAUGGUCUCACAAGGGGUCUGAGGAUCUCAUCUCGGUACCUAAUGGCAGUCAGGCUACCUCUGGCGAGCACAUGGAGAGCUGUGUGGCCCCCCAAAGAAAUGCCACCCCACACCAUGACUGACCCACCGCCAAACCGGUCAUGCUGGAGGAUGUUGCAGGCAGCAGAACGUUCUCCACGGCGUCUCCAGACUCUGUCACGUCUGUCACAUGUGCUCAGUGUGAACCUGCUUUCAUCUGUGAAGAGCACAGGGCGCCAGUGGCAAAUUUGCCAAUCUUGGUGUUCUCUGGCAAAUGCCAAACGUCCUGCACGGUGUUGGGCUGUAAGCACAACCCCCACCUGUGGACGUCGGGCCCUCAUACCACCCUCAUGGAGUCUGUUUCUGACCGUUUCAGCAGACACAUGCACAUUUGUGGCCUGCUGGAGGUCAUUUUGCAGGGCUCUGGCAGUGCUCCUCCUGCUCUUCCUUGCACAAAGGUCGGAGGUAGCAGUCCUGCUGCUGGGUUGUUGCCCUCCUACGGCCUCCUCCACGACUCCUGAUGAACUGGCCUGUCUCCUGGUAGCGCCUCCAUGCUCUGGACACUACGCUGACAGACACAGCAAACCUUCUUGCCACAGCUCGCAUUGAUGUGCCAUCCUGGAUGAGCUGCACUACCUGAGCCACUUGUGUGGGUUGUAGACUCCGUCUCAUGCUACCACUAGAGUGAAAGCACCGCCAGCAUUCAAAAGUGACCAAAACGUCAGCCAGGAAGCAUAGGAACUGAGAAGUUGUCUGUUGUCACCACCUGCAAAACCAGUCCUUUAUUGGGGGGUGUCUUGCUAAUUGCCUAUAAUUUCCACCUGUUGUCUAUUCCAUUUGCACAACAGCAUGUGAAUUGUAUUGUCAAUCAGUGUUGCUUCCUAAGUGGACAGUUUGAUUUCACAGAAGUGUGAUUGACUUGGAGUUACAUUGUGUUGUUUAAGUGUUCCCUUUUUUUUUUAGCAAUAUAUAUAUAUAAUAUAUAUAUAUAUCCUGCAGUCAAAUGACCAAAUCACCCAGCCUAGCGGUUAAGAGUGUUGGGCCAGUAACCGAAAGGUCGCUGGUUCGAAUCCCCGAACCGACUAGUUGAAAAAUCUGUCGAUGUGCCCUUGAGCAAGGCACUUAACCCUAAUUGCUCCUGUAAUAAGAGCGGAUAAGAGCGUCUGCUAAAUGUCACAACAUGUCAAAUGUAGUUGCCUCAUGGGUGGAAUGUUAAUAUUUUUCAUAAUUUCAUAUUUAAUAAACAUUAUUUCAAAAACCUGUAGAAAAUUUUGUUUCUAUGUCAAAUGGUUUUGUUAUAUUUCAGUCUUCUGUGAUGUAUAAAAAGUAUAACAUUGGGAUGCAAACUCAAAGUUGAAUACAUUUCAACUCUAUAUCUGACAUGUUACAGGUGUCUUUUUUAUAAGCCAAUAACCAUGUGUGUGAGGUGUAUCCUUCUGUUUCAAAGUAGAUUUGUUUGACUACCAAGAAACACUACCAAGACCCUGAUUUACCCCAUUGCAGUAAAAGGUUAAAUUAAGUGAAAAUGGGUGCACAUGAGGUCCCGUAACUGCUUUAUACAGUACAAAUAUCGAUCUAAACAGCAUUUUUGUGGAGGUGAAUGUGGCAAUCUGCCUUUAUUGCAAAAUCUAAAGAAAAUAAAACUAUCACCUACGCUAGCGAAUGUUAAAUAGCUACAGUAAAUAAUUGAAGAUGCACAAUAUAUUCAAAGCUAGCUGGCUGGCUAGCUAGCUACGCGCUUUUCAUUGUUUAUCAUACUGUUAGAAAUUUCAUGAAUUUUAACUACAUUAAAAUGCCAUAAAUCAAUCAUUUCAAAGCUCACUACAUGUAAUCAUACAUCAUUUAAAAAGCUUAAAAGCCCAUUUCAUAGAGAAUGUUACAAACUGGACUAUAUGUAGUAACUUACAUUAAAAUAGAUAGUGAUUGGGUCUAAAUUGGCAAUUGGUAGGCUAAAUUAAUUUAACUUCUCUAACUGCCAUUUCCCAAAAGGCAGACUCAGCUUCAAAAGCAUCUGCACUCACAAAAUGUUGUGUGUUACCCAUAGAUAUAUUCUCCAGACUUAUAUAGAGGGAAUUGUUGAUAUGUCAAAUUUUGAUUCAACAUAACAUUUUCUUUAGAAAUAUGCACUAAAAAUGCAGUUUCCGUACGUCUUCAGUAUUUUACAGAUAGAAAGAUGAAAAAAGUACAUAUCCACAAUCUGUAAAUGUGAUAUUUCCGGGUUUUUUUAUGUAAUACAUUUGCAAAAAUGUCUAAAAACAUGUUUUUGUUUUGUCAUUAUGGGAUAUUGUGUGUUGGAGGUUCUACAUCGUGGUAAUGUCAUUCGGAAACACAAUGUCAACUUUCACUGCUAUGCGGACGACACACAGCUGUACAUUUCGAUGAAACAUAUAUCGAUCUAAACCCCAAAAUUGCCUACCCUGGAAACCUGUGUUUCAGACAUAAGGAAGUGGAUGGCGGCAAAUGUUUUACUUUUAAACUCGGACAAAACUAGUGCUAGGUCCCAAGAAACUAAGAGAUAUGCUAUUGGAUCUGACAAUUAAUAUUGAUGGUUGUACAGUAGUCUCAAAUAAAACUGUGAAGGACCUCGGCGUUACUCUGGACCCUGAUCUUUCUUUUGAUGAACAAUCAAGAAUUUAACAUUGCAAAAAUCAGGAACUAAUCUAAUCCAUGCUUUGUCACUUCUAGAUUAGACUACUGCAUUGCUCUACUCUCCGGCUACCCAGAUAAAGCACAAAAUAAACUUCAGUUAAUGCUAAACACAGCUAGAAUCUUGAAUAGAACCAAAACAUUUGAUCAUAUUACUCCAGUGCUAGCAUCUCUACACUGGCUUUCUGUUAAGGCUAGGGCUGAUUUCAAGGUUUUAAUGCUAACCUACAAAGCAUUACAUGGGUUGCGCCUACGUAUCGCGCCGAUUUGGUCCUGCCGUACAUACCUACACCUACGCUACGGUCACAAGACGCAGGCCUCCUUAUUUUCCCUAGAAUUUCUAAGCAAACAGCUGGAGCCAUGUGAGAGACACAGACUUGGUCUUUAAGUCUUUACAGAAGACUCAUCUCUUCAGUAGGUCCUAUGAUUGAGUGUAGUCUGGCCCAGGGGUGCGAAGGUGAACGGCAAGGCACUGGAGCGACGAACCGCUCUUGUUGUCUCGCGGCUCCCCUCUCUCCACUGGGAUUCUCUGCCUCUGACCCUAUUAUGGGGGCUGAGUCACUGGCUUACUAGUGCUCUUCCAUGCUGUCCCUUGGAGGGGUGCGUCACUUGAGUGGGUUGAGUCACUGACGUGAUCUUCCUGUCCGGUUUUGCGCCCCCUCGGGCUCGUGCGGUGGAGGAGCUCUUCGUGGGCUAUACUCAGCCUUGUCUCAGUAGUAAGUUGGUGGUCUGUUUAUCCCUCUAGUGGUGUGGGGGCUGUGCUUUGGCAAGGUGGGUGGGGUUAUAUCCUGCCUGGUUGGCCCUGUCCGGGGGUAUUGUUGGACGGGGCCACAGUGUACCCCGACCCCCCGUCUUAGCCUCCAGUAUCUAUGCAACAAUAGUCUAUGUGCCGGGGGGCUAGGGUCAGUCUGUUAUAUCUGGUGGAAUUCUCCUGUCUUAUCUGGUGUCGUGUGCAUUUAAGUAUGCUCCCUCUAAUUCUCUCUCUCUCUCUCCCCUCCCAGAGGACCUGAGCCCUAGGACCAUGCCUCAGGACAACCUGGCCUGAUGACUCCUGGCUAUCCCCAGUCCACCUGGUCGUGCUGCUGCUCCAUUUUCAACUGCUCUAUGGAACCCUGACCUGUUCACCGGACGUGCUACCCAGACCUGCUGUUUUCGACUCGCUCUCUACCACACCUGCUGUCUCGACCUCUGAAUGCUCGGCUAUGAAAAGCCAACUGACAUUUACUCCUGAAGUACUGACUUGUUGCACCCUUUACAACCACUGUGAUUAUUAUUUGACCCUGCUGGUCAUCUAUGAACAUAUUUUAGAACAAUCUGGCCUUAAUGGCCAUGUACUCUUAUAAUCUCCACCUGGCACAGCCAGAAGAGGGCUUGCCACCCCUCAGAGCCUGGUUCCUCUCUAGGUUUCUUCCUAGGUUCCUACCUUUCUAGGGAGUUUUUCCUAGCCACCUUGCUUCUACAUCUGCAUAGCUUGCUGUUUGGGGUUUUAGGCUGGGUUUCUGUAUAGCACUUUGUGACAUCUGCUGAUCGGCUUUAUAAAUACAUUUGAUUUCAUAGAAAAUGACUCAAGUAGUCACCCAGUAAAAUAUUACUUGAGUAAAAGUAAAAGUGUUUGGUUUAAAUUAUACUUAAGUAUCAAAAGUAAAAAAAAAAAAAAAAAAAAAAAAAAUGUAAUUGCUAAAAUAUACUUAAGUAUCAAAAGUAUACAUCAUUUCAAAUUCCUUAUAUUAAGCAAAUCAGAAGGCACAAUGUGUUUAAAUUUACUGCUAGCCAGGGGCACACUCAAACACAGACAUAAUUUACAAACAAAUAUGUGUUUCAUGAGUCCGCCAGAUUAGAGGCAGAAGAGAUGACCAGGGAUGUACUUUUGGGUGUCAUGUGCAGCUGUAAAACAGUUUAUUUCUGUAUUUUGCGUUUUGAAAACGCGUGACUGUUUAUGGCUGUAAUGACAGGCUACAUUUGUAAGCUCGUGCAAAUUGUAGGGCGAGAUGAUUGCCAUAAAUAUGCAGCUCCAAGAAAAAUGGUGAUCAAGCAUAUGAGCUGUUUACUUUGAAAGCUCACCAGAAAUGGGCCAUCGAGCAACAAUUACUAGCAUAGGCCUACUGGUCUUUUGGUAUGUCAAAAUUGCUUGAAAUUGAUCAUUUACUUAUGAAGCUUGCAUUUGGAAUUUGUUUAAAUGUAUUAUUGCAUAAUCAAAAUGUGUUGUAGACUACAUAAUGAAAAGGGCUGUCUGGUAGCCUCAAUAAAUACAAAGACAGUAUAUUUGUAGUUAAACAAGUCAUUGCCUGUAUAGAAUUGUAUUUACUUGACUUGCUCUUAGAAUGCAUGACUCGGCCUUGACGCCACACGUUCUACUUGGGGCUUGACUUGAGACUUGGACCCACCUCUAUGAUUUGGCAUUUGAACUAUUCUAGUUGAACCAGUUGAGCUGACAGACGUUUUGCACUGUUUCGCUAUGAUUUUAGUGAAGUUCGCAAGAGGGCAAUAUUUUAUUACUUUUAGCUUUCGCCUGGAAUUGUUUUUCUGAGAAAAAAAAACACUAACACAUCUGAGCUAGUACACAAUAAAAGUAUAAUAAACAUACAAAUAUGAUUUAAAAUAAAUGUGUGAAUGAAUAAAUCCCUUUUCAUACACACGGAACAUCUACCCAAAAUAUUUCACCUUUAUUACUUUACCAAACAUGACAUUAGGGAGUCAAAAUCUGUUCACUUCUAAAUUCAACAUUUGGGCCAUUUAAACAGCAUGCGUCCCUCCUAUAGACAAGUAGGAGAAUGGCUAUGUAACGGGAUCGAUUUUGUCGUUCUGAGCAUUUGCGAUGUGUCUGCUUCCGACGUAAAACAAAAUGUUUGACUUCCACACAAAAUCACCUCUACUUAUUUUACGUUUAAGGAAGUGUGUAGGUCGCGUUCUUUAUCGUAGAGCUAUGAAAGUGAUGUAUUUAGAUCCGCCUGCUCAAGACAAAUUCAGCGAUUGCUUUCCCAUGUCUAUGCCGUGAAGCAGUCGAGCUGGAUAAAAAAAGUGUUUCUAAGGACCGCCCGUUUGACGUAACGUUGAAGUGAAGUGAUAAAUUGAUGUAAUGAUGAAGCCGACCACCAGAGGGAGGCAAAUACACUUUUGUGACAGGACGUUUACAUUGUCCUAGGAAGCUCUGGGUGGCUGUCUGACUUAUAGAAUAGUGGGAAAUCAAAUCAAAUAAGUCAUGUAAACGUUUAAGUAAUUUUAGUGCCUGAUUUCAGAGACUGUCUUCAUACACUUCCUAUUGAUGGGACUCCACUCUAUCCGCUCCCACGGCUCUGAGAUGACCAGUAUGAUGAGUGGCCCUCUGUUCUCAUUGAAUGAGAUGAUUUAGUGGAUCUGAGAGAUUCAACAGAAUGUUGCUCUGAUCCCCCAGUGUGCGUCCUCCGUGAGGUAUCAUCCACAGAGUGGUGAAAUGGCAGGCCUUUAUGUGUUGGGGCCUCCAUAGGCUCUGAGGAAGAGGGCUUGGAUGGAGAGUGUUGAGCCAGGUAGGCUGCCACAGAUAGCUGAUGUGGUUGUGUGGAUCAUCUCUUAUGAGAUCAGGUUAUGUGGGGGAAACCUCAUAGGCUCUCAAAUGGGCUGGGGGCUUUUUCCCCUUCCGGCUCUUUCCACCCAAAACAGGCUUCUCUUUAGCUCCUGCUGGUUGUGCACUUGGCUGUGAGACAGUGGAAGUUCCACUUGCUUGCAUCUUAUAUGUGCCGGGCCCAGCUAUGGCGGAGUCAGGCUGAGGUUCGCCACUGAGGGUGGAGGAAUUAAGGUCCCCGUCCAUGGGAACACCUGUAUUCCACUCCAUUUCUGGCCAAAUGACCACUUUUUCAUGGCAGGUUGCCUAUUUUGAAUGCACUGGGAGAGGUUGGAGGUGAUACAGAUGCAGGUGUCCCAGUUAGAGGACAAGGAUAGGGAGAGAGACUUGAGGUUCCGUUUUAGGGAGCGUUUUCUCCAAUCAAACAUAAUCCAUCUUAAUUCCAUUGACUUGUGUAUGUGCUAAAAUAAACAAAAACAUAUUUGCAUCAUAAACAUAAUAAUAUUAAUUGUCAUACACAUAGUAACACAAUCUCAGAGAGCCAGAAGCCAAACCAUAAUUAUAAUUCUCUCCAAAGCAUUUACAAAUAGAUUCACUAUAAAAACGUGUACAUUUGACCAUUUCAUUGCAUGAACAAAAUAUAUCCACACGCAGCAACAUUCAAACAUGUUACCACUAAUUAUACAACAGUGCAUCAUAAAAUACACAUCUACACAGACAUGAAAAAUAAAGUAAAAUAAAAACAAUAUGGUGGGUUACUCACAUUUGGGUAUUGGACACAAACGUCAAUAAAAGGAUGAAUGCUGGAGAGGUUUGUACUACUGCCUGGCACUGAAACUAAAAGAAACUCAGGUAUUUAACUAAUUAAAUUGGUUGCAGGUUUGCUCAGAGCAUAGAGAUAUAGAGAGAUCUAUAGUACCCAAAAGCCUAUAUUACUAGACGCAGCACCAUUGUGGACUGAUACGUUGUGAUCUCUAUACAUCUCUAUGGCUCAGAGGUGCCUGCAAUUAAAGGGACAGUUAACUAAAAGGUGCAAUUAAAGGGACAGUUAACAAAAAAAUGUGAGAAGAAUUAGAGCCCUGUUCUACAAUGAGAUAAUAUCAGUCAGCUAACGUGGCCUUUAUGAAUUAUGAAGCCUGUAUGUGCUUUCUGUGCUUGUUUUGAUUACAUCAAUGCUUCAAAAUACACAAAAACUGACGUUAGCUGAUGAAGACGAUCUCAUAGAACAAAAGGCCUGUGCAUACCACAGACCUUAUUUUUGGCGUUUAUCCAAAAACCCUCCAAAACCCCCAUUAAUUUUCCCAUAGGCUUUGGCAAACUAGCCAUGGCAGAGUUUCAACUAGCCAUGGCGGAGUUAGUGCCUACAAAAAGACGCCAUUGCUCUCUAUCGAAAAAAAUUGUCAAAUUUCCUGUCAAGGAGCCAGGGUUCCGGUCUAGAAAGAACGCUUUCGACUGCUCCUAAAGUCUUGCUUCGGUACUGCAGUUUAACUGACGCCGGCCGCAAGUACCACUCGCUGUCCUCCCCUCAGCAGUCUCCACUGGUGUGUGUGUGUGUGUGUGUGUGUGUGUGUGUGUGUGUGUGUGUGUGUGUGUGUGUGUUGGGGGUGUAAGCAUGUGUAUGUGUGGGUAGAGUCCAGUGUGUGUGCAUAGAGUCAGUGCAAGAGAGUUAGUUCAAAAAAGGGUCAAUGCAGAUAGUCCAGUUAACCAUUUGAUUAGCUAUUUAGCAGCCUUGUUUAGCAGUCUUAUGGCUUGGGGGUAUAAGCUGUUCAGGGUCCUGUUGGUUCCAGACUUGGUGCACUGGUACCGCUUGUCAUGUGGUAGCAGAGAGAACAGUCUAUAGCUUGGGUGGCUGGAGUCUUGGAUGAUUUUUUGGGCUUUCCUCUGACACCGCCUGGUAUAGCGGUCCUAGAUGGCACCCCUUGACUUAUUCUACAUUUUGUUGUGUUACAGCCUGAAUUCUAAAUGGAUUGAAUCUUUUUUUUCCCCUCACCCAUCUACACACAAUACCCCAUAAUGACAAAGUGAAAACAUAUAUAUCUUUUUGCAAAUGUAUUGAUAAUGAAAUACAGAAAUAUCUCAUUUUCAUAAGUAUUCACACCACUGAGUCAAUACAUGUUAGAAUCACCUUUGGCAGCGAUUACAGCUGUGAGUCUUUCUGGGUAAGUCUCUAAGAGCUUUGCACACCUGAAUUGUACAAUAUUUGCACAACAUUAUUUUUUAAAUUCUCCAAGCUCAGUCAAGUUGGUUGUUGAUCAUUGCUAGAAAGCCAUGUCUUGCCAUAGAUUCUCAAGCAGAUUUAAGUCAAAACUGUAACUAGACCACUCAGGAACAUUCAAUGUUGUCUUGGUAAGCAACUCCAGUGUAUAUUUGGCCUUGUGUUUUAGGUUAUUGUCCUGCUGAAAGGUGAAUUUGUCUCCCAGUGUCUGCUGGAAAGCAGGCUGAACCAGGUUUUCUUCUAGGAUUUUGCCUGCGCUUAGCUCUAUUCCGUUUAUUUUUAUCCACCCCCCAAAAGUCCCUAGUCCUUGCCGAUGACAGGCAUACUCAUAACAUGAUGCAGCCACCACCAACCAUGCUUGAAAAUAUGAAGAGUGGUACUCAGUGAUGUGUUGUGUUAAAUUUGCCCCAAACAUAAUGCUUUGUAUUCAGGACAUAAAGUUAAUUUCUUUGCCACAUUUUUCUUGCAGUUUUACUUUAGUGCCUUAUUGCAAACAGGAUGCAUGUUUUGGAAUAUGUUUAUUCUGUACAGGCUUCCUUCUUUUCACUCUGUCUUUUAGGUUAGUAUUGUGGAGUAACUACAAUGUUGUUGAUCCAUCCUCAGUUUUCUCCUAUCACAGCCAUUAAACUCUGUAUAAUAUAAUAUAAUAUGCCAUUUAGCAGACGCUUUUAUCCAAAGCGACUUACAGUCAUGUGUGCAUACAUUUUUACGUAUGGGUGGUCCCAGGGAUCGAACCCACUACCCUGGCGAUACAAGCGCCAUGCUCUACCAAUUGAGCUACAGAGGACCACUGUAACUGUUUUAAAGUCACCAUUGGCCUCAUGGUGAAAUCCCUGAGUGGUUUCCUUCCUCUCCGGCAACUAAGUUAGGAAGGACUCCUGUAUCUUUGUAGUGACUGGUUGUAUUGAUACACCAUCCAAAGUGUAAUUAUCUGAGGGACCUUACAUAUACAGUGGGGGAAAAAAAGUAUUUAGUCAGCCACCAAUUGUGCAAGUUCUCCCACUUAAAAAGAUGAGAGAGGCCUGUAAUUUUCAUCAUAGGUACACGUCAACUAUGACAGACAAAAUGAGGAAUAAAAAUCCAGAAAAUCACAUUGUAGGAUUUUUAAUGAAUUUACUUGCAAAUUAUGGUGGAAAAUAACUAUUUGGUCAAUAACAAAAGUUUCUCAAUACUUUGUUAUAUACCAUUUGUUGGCAAUGACACAGGUCAAACGUUUUCUGUAAGUCUUCACAAGGUUUUCACACACUGUUGCUGGUAUUUUGGCCCAUUCCUCCAUGCAGAUCUCCUCUAGAGCAGUGAUGUUUUGGGGCUGUCGCUGGGCAACAUGGACUUUCAACUCCCUCCAAAGAUUUUCUAUGGGGUUGAGAUCUGGAGACUGGCUAGGCCACUCCAGGACCUUGAAAUGCUUCUUACGAAGCCACUCCUUCGUUGCCCGGGCGGUGUGUUUGGGAUCAUUGUCAUGCUGAAAGACUCAGCCACGUUUCAUGCCCUUGCUGAUGGAAGGAGGUUUUCACUUAAAAUCUCACGAUACAUGGCCCCAUUCAUUCUUUCCUUUACACGGAUCAGUCGUCCUGGUCCCUUUGCAGAAAAACAGCCCCAAAGCAUGAUGUUUCCACCCCCAUGCUUCACAGUAGGUAUGGUGUUCUUUGGAUGCCACUCAGCAUUCUUUGUCCUCCAAACACGACGAGUUGAGUUUUUACCAAAAAGUUAUAUUUUGGUUUCAUCUGACCAUAUGACAUUCUCCCAAUCCUCUUCUGGAUCAUCCAAAUGCACUCUAGCAAACUUCAGACGGGCCUGGACAUGUACUGGCUUAAGCAGGGGGACACGUCUGGCACUGCAGGAUUUGAGUCCCUGGCGGCGUAGUGUGUUACUGAUGGUAGGCUUUGUUACUUUGGUCCCAGCUCUCUGCAGGUCAUUCACUAGGUCCCCCCGUGUGGUUCUGGGGUUUUUGCUCACCGUUCUUGUGAUCAUUUUGACCCCACGGUGUGAGAUCUUGCGUGGAGCCCCAGAUCGAGGGAGAUUAUCAGUGGUCUUGUAUGUCUUCCAUUUCCUAAUAAUUGCUCCCACAGUUGAUUUCUUCAAACCAAGCUGCUUACCUAUUGCAGAUUCAGUCUUCCCAGCCUGGUGCAGGUCUACAAUUUUGUUUCUGGUGUCCUAAGACAGCUCUUUGGUCUUGGCCAUAGUGGAGUUUGGAGUGUGACUGUUUGAGGUUGUGGACAGGUGUCUUUUAUACUGAUAACAAGUUCAAACAGGUGCCAUUAAUACAGGUAACGAGUGGAGGACAGAGGAGCCUCUUAAAGAAGAAGUUACAGGUCUGUGAGAGCCAGAAAUCUUGCUUGUUUGUAGGUGACCAAAUACUUAUUUUCCACCAUAAUUUGCAAAUAAAUUCAUUAAAAAUCCUACAAUGUGGUUUUCUGGAUUUUUUUCUUCUCAAUUUGUCUGUCACAGUUGACGUGUACCUAUGAUGAAAAUUACAGGCCUCUCUCAUCUUUUUAAGUGGGAGAACUUGCACAAUUGGUGGCUGACUAAAUACUUUUUUCCCCCACUGUAAUUGUGUGUGUGGGGUACAGAGAGGAGGUAGUCAUUCAAAAAUCAUGUUAAACCAUGCAACUUACUAUGUGACUUGUUAAGCACAUUUUUACUCCUGAACUUAUUUAGGCUUGCCAUAACAAAGGGGUUGAAUACUUAUUGACUCAAGAUAUGUCAGCUUUUCAUUUGUAAUUCAUUUGUAAAAAUGUAUAAAAACAUUAUUUCACGUUGACAUUUUGGGUAUUGUGUGUAGGUCAGUGACACACGGGUAUAAGCUUACUCAGUGACACACACAGAAAACAAUUGUCAAGAGUUUACACAAAUAUUGGUGUCUUAGCUCUUAUUGCAGGACUUUGACUGUUGGAAAUCUCCUUCCCAGUCUAUUGUGCGUAUUGAACAGCCUACUCAGCCUACACAGUGACACCCACAGAACACAACUAUGUAGAGUUUACACUAAUAUUAGCGUUUUAGCUCUUACUGCAGGACUCUGAAACCACUGUGAAAUUACCGCAUUAAGCUUACCAGUCAAAUUUUUUUACAUUUUAGUAAUUUAGCAGACGCUCUUAUCCAGAGCGCCUUACAGUUCGUGAGUGCAUACAUUAUUUUAUUUUUCAUACUGGCCCCCCGUGGGAAUUGAACCCACAACCCUGGCGUUGCAAACACCAUGCUCUACCAACUGAGCUACAUCCCUGCUGGCCAUUCCCUCCCCUACCCUGGACGACGCAGGGCCAAUUAUGCGCCGCCCCAUGGGUCUCCCGGUCGCGGCCGGCUACGACAGAGCCUGGAUGUCAACCUAUGUCUAUUGGAAAUUCAUUUUGUACUGUACAGCCUUACCUAUAGAGUGUGCACUCAUGAAAUGGGGUAUCAGCCUACUCAGUGACACCCACAGAACACAACUAUGUAGAGUAUACACAAAUAUUAGCAUCAUAGUUCUUAUUGCAGGACUCUGAAACCACUGUGAAAUGAGCCACAUUAAGCUUACCAGUCAAUCUACUGUGUGCAUGGGGCGAAAGCAACCAACUGUAGACAAAAGUCGAGGAGUGAAGUCGGGAGAGGUGCAUCUGUGACAGCCCAAAGUCAGACACUAAUGUGGUUUUCCAACAACAAGGCUCAGAUCAACAUGGCAGUGUUGCCAUUGUUUAUAAAAGUUAUUCUUUAUAAUGUCGAAAUUAACAUUGGUUCCUGUUUCAGUCAUGUUCACGUGGGUCAAUUAAAAACACCCUAAUAAUUGGUACCCCCCCGUAGCUCAGUUGGUAGAGCAUGGUGCUUGCAACGCCAGGGUUGUGGGUUUGUUUCCCAGGGGGGGCCAGUAUGAAAAUGUAUGCACUCACUAACUGUAAGUCGCUCUGGAUAAGAACGUCUGCUAAAUGACUAAAAUGUAAAUGUAAAAAUGUUGACAGUAGAGCCUCCCACAAUGCAGGCGAUGGCUGCAGGAUAAAGUUGGUGAAGAGCAACUACAGAAACUGGCAGUCAAAAUGUCAUGACACUUGAUUUUUGUAAAGUUCAUGCACUCGACAUGUCGGCCAAUUUUCAUCCCCAUAAUGCAACACACUUUGAAAGGUGACAAAAGUGAUCUGCUCGAACUUACCAUUAACAUAUUAAAUUCAACCAUAGAGAAUGAUGCAGGCCUCUAGUGGCCAAAAGGUAGUCUUAGCAUGGGCAGCGCCAAUGAGGGCUUCCACCAUUUUAAUGUAGUCAACUAAUUGGGAACUAGGAAACUCUGAAAUUUCCGACAUGCUAACAGGUUGAACGUGUAUAGCUACAACCAGUUAUCAAGUCGGACAUCCCAGAGUUUCCUAGUUCUGACUAGCACUUGAACACGGCAUUAAUGCUGCGUUCAAAACAACUGGGAACUCGGUACUGGGAACUCUGAAAUCUCCUACUUCCGACUUCAGUGCGUGCGAAACAAUUGAAAACUCUGGAGAAAACAAAAACUUGCUCCGACUGGGAAAAAUAGUUUUGAACGGUCAUCCAACUCAGAAUUCCAACUCGGGAACUCGGGCCACUUUCUAGAGCUCCGACUUUCAUACCUCUGAAAAAUACAAGGUCAAAUCAUGACGUCAGUGAUCUUCAGGUCGGAAAGUUGGAGUUCUAGAAAGAAGCCGAGUUCCAGAGUUAGAAUUCCGAGUUGUUUGAAAGCACUGAAGUCAAAAGAGAUUUCCAAUUGCCCAGUUCUGAGUUCCCGAGUUGGAAUUCCGAGUUAGAUGACCAUUCAAAUCGAUUUUCCCAGAUGGAGCUCGUUUUUAUCCGAGUUCCCUGUUGUUUUGAAUGCACUGAAGUCAAAAGUCGGAGAUUUCCGAUUUCCCAGUUCCCAGUUUUGAACGCAGCAAUAUGCCCUGGAACUAGCCGUUCUCCGACGUCAUCAUAGACCAGCCCCCUUUACUGGCGUUAUUUUUGCCAAAUUCAAUCUGCUGCGCCUUCUAAAAGUAAAGAUGGAUUUAGUAGAGGUGUUGAGAAAUGCGUUUACAUUUAUAUAUAAGAAAGCCCAGCUCUGGACUGUAGGUGGUGGUAUUACUGUUGUCGCACUUGGACUUGGAUAUACGUUUUUACUAAGGCCGAAGAAAGUUACCCGCGUGGGAGUUGUGUCACAGAUACUCAUUCACCCACUGAAGUCGGGUAGAGCUGUCUCCGUGGCCCUUGCAGAAUGUAAACAGAUCGGUUUGAAGUACGGUGAACUUAGAGAUCGGUUUGUAACAUUUUAUUCUGACCUUUUCCGAAUAUAUUAUUGCAAUAUGUUUUUUACAAGUAGCUAAUGCACUGCUUGAAUUGGUCCCAAACGUUACAUAAGCCGUGUCAACAUAGCUACUGUAUUUUAUGUUGUCAUCCUUUCUCACAACUAUUGAUCGAAGUAAUUGCAUGUUGCCUAACCCUAAUAACAACAAUAACAAAUAGUAUGUUUAUCAAUUAUUCAAGUGAAUCAUUUAAGUGAAAGAUCAGAACAUGUCAGGGAAAUGUUGUGGUGGUCAUUCUGAUGAGAUACCGCUCAACAAUGUACAGAUCCGAUCAAAUAUAUUGGCACCUUGCACUUUUUCAAUGGAGGUCAAUGGAGCAUAAUGUUCUGUAAAAUAGGCUACUAAAAUCAUUCCAAUCCUGAUUAAAAGGCAAAUGCAGUUUAGUGGCAUUAUUUGGCUUACUUUGGGACCAUGUGAAUGCCUGGGAGCGUGAGGGAAGGCUGUUUGUAUGGUUGGUUGGCUGGCUUUAUGGAGAGCCAUAUGGUUUGCUGACGGGAGCGGCUUUGAAGCCACCGGUCGGCCAUAUUGGCAUUCCUCAGAAAAGCAGUCCUCCAUAGGAAUGAAUGGGCGGAUUCGAUUAUGCUGUGCCACCGGGCAAAGGCCCGUUACGUCAUCGGACAAAAGCAGGGAGGGUGGAGCACCCUUCUCAAAUCGAACAGUCAUCUGUGCUGCUCGGUCAUUUUGUCAACAAGGUAGCAUAGUGCAUCGUCCAGAAACAUGCAUAUCUUUUCCAUAAAAUAAAUGUUAGAAUUUUCUAACUCGUUUUCAUUGAGAAGGCAGAUAAGCUUAAAAGUAAUCACUUUUCCAUGUGAAAACACAGAAUCCUACUCAUUACUCUACAUGCUCCUGUGUCACAUUGUUUUGAACGGGGCACCUGGCUCACGCCUGGGAGGCAGCCCGGUUCCAAAACGAAUGCAAUCAACUUUCACCCAUUGCAAAACAUGCCUACAUGGGCCCCAGGCAAGAGUAAUCGAACCCCCUACAUGUAAUUCUAUAGUAUUUCAUUUAAAUGUUUCAAGGACAAAUUAUAUGUAUUUAAGUAUUUUUUGGUUGUAGUGGGGACAGUAACAUUAAUACUUUAAAAAAUAUAUACUUUAAAGAAAUAGUUUGUGUGUAUAUAUAUUAUUUUAGUUUAGCUCACAUAAUAUAAUGUAAAAGUAUGCAUUAAGGUGUCUGUAAUAUAAUACAUGUGGCAAAAACAAAUGUAGACAUUCAUAAAUGCAUUUCUUUAGCUUCCCAAAUAUUUUCUUUACAAUGGUGGGGAAUGCCAAGAUUGAGGUGCGGUAGCUUCAAAACAGCGUCCCGUAAGUCAUCUAGUGUAUAAAUCAUUGUGGAGAGCACAUUGAUGCAGCUGCAGGGAACAGUGUAACUUUUUCUCAAAACAGUGCAGAGGUAAAGAUGGCUGUAGUAGAGGGCUUUGGCUUGGUAACUUCUGUUUGACUUGACAUUAAACUAAACUAGAGUUUUAAUCCCGUACUGAGCUCGUGCAUAGCAGUUCAUUCUUGUAUAACAUGUAUUUGUAGAACGUUAAGUCAAAUAACAUUUUAUUGGUCACAUGCGCCGAAUACAACAGGUGUAGACUUUACAGUGCCCAUCCCAACAAUGCAGAAUUAAAAGGUAAGACAAAUAUUUGCUAAAUAAAAAAGUAAAUAGUAACACAAUAACAAGGCUAUAUACAAGGAGUACCAGUACCAAGUCAAUGUGCAGGGUUACGAGGUAGUUGAGGUAAUACUUUUCCCCCUACCCACAUGUAAAUACUGUAACUAGGCAAUCAGGAUAUAUAAUAAACAGAGUAGCAGCAGUGUAUUUGACUGUGAAUGUGUGUUUUGUGUGUGAGCGUAUGUAGUGUGUUGGAGUGUCAGUGUAGUAUGUGUGUGUGAGAGUCUAGUGAGUGUGCAUAGAAAAUAAAGUCCCCUAUUGACUGAGGUGACUGAAGCUACAGAAACAAGGUGAUAAUGGCUGGAGUAAAUGUAGCUUGUUCCCCCCCUUUAAUUGUGUUUUAAUGUAGGCACUGGCUGGUGAUCACUGAGGAUGGCCACAUGGUGACGGGGAGGCAGGAGCCUCGCCUAGUGCUGGUGUCGUUGACCAGUGAGGGGGGACAGAUGUGUCUGAAUGGACCCGACAUGGAGCAGCUGAGGUUCCCCGUUCUGCAGCCUGACAAUCCCAUCAUCAACUGCAGGGUGUUUAGCAGCGACAUUCAAGGCAGGGACUGUGGCAACGAAGUGUCUAGCUGGCUCACCAGCUACCUGGCUGCUGAGAAAACCUUUCGCCUGGUGCACUUUGAGCCCCACAUGAAGCCCAGGAGGCCAGCAGAGACAGAGUCUCUCUAUCCUCAGAGUGAAAAGAUUGCGUACUCUGAUUGUGGCCCGAUAAUGUUGCUGUCUGAAGCCUCUGUGAAGGAUCUAAGCAGCAGGCUGGAGAAUGACGUCACAGUGGCACGCUUUCGACCAAAUAUCAUCGUUAGCAGUUGCGAAGCGUUUGAUGAGGAUUCUUGGGAAGACAUCCAGAUUGGCGAUGUGCGGAUGCACCGCGUGAUGGCAUGCGGAAGGUGCAUCUUCACCACGGUCGACCCUGAAACAGGAGUCAUCAGUAGGAAACAGCCACUGGAGACGCUAAAAAACUACCGACUGUGUGAUGAAGCUGAGAAGCACAUCUAUAAGACAUCGCCACUGUUUGGACAGAUGUACACCGUCAGCAAGAUUGGGAUCCUGCAGGUUGGAGAUGUGGUGUACAAGAUAAGCCGCUGAGCUGGAUGGAGGACUUAGCACAAACAGACUGGAACUGAGGCUAUCAUGCCAAGUCCUUGUCAUGUUUGGCUUGACAAGGACAGCAAUGGAGUGGGAAAGAGCACAAACAGAUCUGGG